GGGCGCCUCAGCAGUAAUGGCAGCGGGGCUGGGCAGGGAUUAAUGUAGAGCGCGGCAGUGGCGGCGUCGAAGGGUGGUGCGCAGACGACGGACGUGCGCGCUCCCGCCCGCCGGACCUCUCCCUCAUACAUACAAAUAGAGCGAAGGCGCGUGGGGGAGGGGAAGCGCUGAUAGGAUUAUGUCGAGCCAGGCCUGGGCCGCCGCCGCGCCAGACAGAGCCCUCAGCCCUAAUCUCCUCCUGGCAACAGCGGCCGCUGCGGAUAUGGCCGAGCCCUUGCCGGCCUCCAAUUCUCCUUUGGGCGCCGGCAGCGGCCCUCUGCCGCUCAUUGAAUCAGGUAAUGCGAAGAGUGAGCGCCGGCUUGGUGAGGAGAGCGAGAGGAUGGAAGAGCCGGGCGAGGCGAGCGCUCGCCGUCUCCGCCGCCAUCUUACUGAGCCUGGUUAUGAGUUACAGUCACCUAAGGGGGAUCCCCCAACCCGCCCCCCCCGCCGCCGCCCUCCCCAUCCCCCAACGAAUCCCGGCUUCGACUUCAUCUCUCCUCUUUUUCUCCUUCUCGCAGAACUGUACUUCCUCAUAGCUCGGUUCUUGAGCACUGGGCCUUGCAGGAGGACGGCGGAGGUGAGUUGUUCUUCGCCUGCACCCUCUGCACUGCCCCCACCCCACCCCGCGAAGGGCGGCUUCAUAGCGCCCCCCUUCACUUUGGUCAGAAGCGGCGCUUCAAAAAGCAAACGCGAACAGAAAACCUCCACCAGUGCCAAAUACCAGCUUCUUUUUUUCCCCUACAGGUGCUAGUGCAGGAACUGGAACAGUACCAGGUCUGUGAGACUACUCAUUUUUUAAAAAAAUAAUUCCCUUUUAUGCCAUUCGCUUUUACCCCGCUUUUUUUUAUAAUCCCAAUGUCUUUUAGAGAUGGAAACUAUGCCAUCUGUGCAAGUAUUUGUAAUAGCUUUCUUUUGUGUCCCGUUCGUUCCAAUUCACCUGGUUUUUCUCUCCUUCCCCCUUUCAAUUUUAGUUGCUCCCUAAAAGGUUGGAUUGGGAAGGAAGAGAACAUUGCAGAAGUUAUGAAGACUUGGUGAGACUUUUGUUGUUUUAAAAAAGGAAAAAACCCAAACAAGAUUUGGAUUGUUGAGGGGGGGAGGGGAUCAACAGUAUUUGCUUUUUCAAACUAAUCGUGCUAUUUUUCAUGCUUUUAAAAGCCUGUGUUGUUUUAUGGAAGGUAUUUAUUAUUGUGCUAGUCAACAGAAGCCAUAAAUGGGGACUCUGGGAACAGAGGAUGUUGUCAUCUUAGAGAGGAGGCGGGGUGUGGGUCAUCAGGGCUUGUUAGGAUAAAGCAGUCUGAAAAAGAACCUUUAUUUCUUGGUUUCUACAGAUGAUUAGCUAAAUAACCUUAAUCUGACAAUAUUUUAUUGUUGGUUACCCCAAAAUAUGCUUUCCUCAGAAGAUAAGAGCUGGCUUCCACUAGAGGGUUGAGUUGUUUAAUGGCUUCAAAUUUACAUUGAACCGCUUGGAUUAGGAUUUAAAUAAGUGUUCUGAAGAUUCAGUAUAUUUUUAAUGGAUGCUUAUUAUUCUCUUCACAACAAAUAACAAGCUCUUCCAUGUGGAUUUGGAAGCAGAUGGGGAAAUGAGCAGGACUUGAAAUGCUGUACUGUAGGGUCAGACUUUUGAAUCUGCUUUGUUCUUCAGCAGCUCACCCUCCUCCCUCCAAAUGUUAGAUUGUUAAAAGCUUGAAUUGCUUAAAAAAUUAUUAUACACCACAAUCCUAAAUGUAUUUUUUUAAGUACCAUGGAUUGUAAUGGACUUUCCUUCAUUUAGUAUUCUUAGGUUUGCACUGAGUUUCAUAUGGGAUUCUUUAUUUUUGGAAGCUUAGAUGUGAAUUAUAAGAGGAAACAUUCCUCUUUUAGUUGAGAAAAAUGCCACCGGAAUUUUUAAUGUGAUGGUAAUAUGACAUUUUCAGUUUUGUAGGAUUUCUAAGUAGAGGUGCAUAAGAUGAGCUCCUUGGUUCUCCAGAGGCGGUGAACAUAUGGCAUAGAGGGUUACACUGGGACAAAACUGUUUGUUAUGUUACAUUGAUACAGGAAACAGUUUUUGCUGCAUGAGCAGCCAAGCCUGAGUGAGGACUGCAACAUAUUAUUGUGAAACAUUGUGUCCCCCCCUUUUUUUUUUUAAAAAAAGGCUACUUUGCUUGCAUAAAAAAUUGACAUUACUCUUUGUUUAGCUUAAAAUGUUUUUAAACAAUUCUGUUUUCAUGUCUGUGAGUUUGGGUCUGAAAAGGAAAUGAUAGAUAUAAUUCAGUCAGUUCAGAGAAAUGGAAAAAGUUUUCAUAGAUUUUAAAUACUAAAAAUUUAUUGCUGCUGUACUACAUUAAAUGCUUACAGAAAUAUUAAAUGGAUACCUGCAAGAAAAUUUUAGUUGAGUAAAUGAAAUAUCUAGAGCAGGGGUGCCAACUUGAAUAAAAUAUUGGGGAAGGGGCACAGGUAAGCCCUGCCCAUCAUAAUCAGUUACAAGGCACAGUGCACACACAUCAUUUGAAUGGCAGUGCCCGUCAGUUAGGGGGCGGGAGAGAAGAGACCUCUGCCCCUAGGAGUUAGCACCUAUGGUCUAGAGCAGUGUUUCCCAUAUGGCCCCCUGGGAGGCCCCAGGAUAUUCCAAGGGGGCCCCAGGUGAAAAUCGCGUAAAUGGGGGUUAGCAGCAUGAGGAUAGCCAUAGAGGGUAAUGAGAAGUGGAAGAAAAAAAUCUUUUUUUAAAUAACCAGGCAAUCAGGAUUUUUUAUUUAUCUGCUUGGCCAAACACAAGCAGGUAAGGGGGUGGCCCACCAGGGGUUGAAAUCCACCUCAGCCCCUAGCUGAGCGGGGUGGUCUUGUGCUGCUGACUUGCAUCUAGUAAAUAACUAAGUGUCUACUCAGAAGAAAGCCACACUGAGUUCAUUGGGCCUGGUAAGCUUUUGUGGGGCUAUAGGCAGCCGGGGUCCUCUGAACGAUAAGAUCUUUUUCAGACAGGUCAGUGUGGACCACUUGCUUUUAAAAAUUCUCCCAUAUAUACAGAAUUCCCUGUGCACCUUUUGGACAGUAUCUGUAGGAUUUCCGCUCUGUGUCAGAUAACUGGGGUAAAAUAAGUGUUGUUUACUUUUUACAAUACAUGGAAGAUAGAUCUCCCUCGGGAGGUUCUGGAUUUUCCUUUCUUGGAGGUUUAUAAGCAGAGGUAGGAUGGCCAUCUGUCAUGGAGGCAUUAGCAUCCAUGUUUUUCUGCUUCAACAAUAUUUUAUUAUGUUCUUAUCAUUCUAUGUAAUUGUAUUUUGUAUAAAUUAUAAAAAUUAUAAAUAAAACAUGUUCUGUUUACAAACAAAACAUUUAAAUAACUGCUUUUCUACCGGUAGGAUGGGGGGCAGGACAUGGGCAUAGCCAGGAUUUUAUUUAGGGUGCAGGCUUUGGUUGGGGGAGGCAGAACUUCAGAUUUGUAUUGAUUUUUACUUAUUGGGGGGGCAGCUGCCCCCUGUCUCUCCCCCCCCCCCCCCCGGCUAUGCCCAUGGGGCGCCACAGGAAGGAAACAAGGUGGGAAGGUGGCUAUGGUAGGAAAAAGGUUGGGAAACACUGAUCUAGAGAAUUGCACCUUGGAACAGGAUUCAAGAUAUAACAUCAGGAUCUUUUUUUGGGGGGGGGGGUUAAGUUGUUUGAGAGAAUAAUGCAUUGCUCUAGUUUAAAAGUAACGUGCAUAUAAUAUGUAUUGUUUAUAUAAUUGUGUGGUUUUGGUUUAUCUUGUUCUUGUACUUACAAUUUAACUUCAUUAGAUUCAUGCUAGAUGAAAAAUGGGAGAGGUUAUAGUCAAAUUAAAAUGGAUGUAAUGAAGGUGGAAGGAGAAAGCAUGGCUUAGUUACUGCAGGCCUGGUUGGUACCUCAUUUAAGCCACAGUUAAAAUAAACUAUGGAUCAUAAAACAAAAUUCCUGUUCACUGCAGCAGUGCUGAGGACUGGGGAGUUGUCGUAGUUUGUACGUAGUUUGAUCUUCAAGAAAUACGUAGUUUGAUCUUCAAGAAAUUUAAGUGAAUGAGAAAGCUCAUAGAUUUAAUAGUCCAAAGUUAAGUUGGACUUACAGUUGCAGUAUAAUACAAAACACUAGUUCAUCUACUUGUUUGCCAUUCAAUUUUUAAAGUUUCUAAAGUAACUUAUAACUACAGUAAAUAGUAGCAAAAAAACUAGAAUCGAAAUAAAAUGCAAAACAUUGGAAUAAAAGCAACAUUGAAAUGAUUUAGUUAGCAAUUAAAAGCGUAGGUCUUUUCCAGAACAACAUUAAAGUAAGCACUGGGAGAACAUCCUGUGUACAGUCCCUUCUCCCUAGUUUGUGAGUAUACCUGGAAGGGGCCUCCAAGGAUUACUUUACUUAUUAGGAGUUUGUCAAGCGAUUUUAAGCAACAGUGAAAUGAGGUCAAGUUUGUUUCUUGCUUUUUCUCACACAAUUAAUAAAUUACUAAUUCUAAAAUGUUUAGCUUAUGUAAAUAAUUGUUAUUUUUGUAUUAGGUUAUAUUAACUUGUUUUAAUCCUAUUUGUGUGUUAGGUCUUGUCUAACAAACAUGUGGCUCCUGAUCACUUGCUGCAAAUUUGCAGGCGGAUUGGCCCUAUACUGGAUAAAGAGAUUCCACCCAGCAUUCCGAGAGUGAACUCUUUAUUGGGUGCAGGCAAGCAGUCCUUACUGCGAACUGCAAAAGGUAUAUUUUGACUUUUUAAUGUGGCUUGGUGUGUUCAAUUCUAGUGACUAUAUAUGAACCUUGCAUUGGUACAAGUAUGUACUGAAACUUCCAAGACUAGGAUGCAUGAACUUGUCACCCAUUUAAUACAUGCUGUCAGCACAGAUCCAGCUUUGAGCUCCUCCUUUCACAGACAUAGUGGUUAUUGAUAUUUUGGUUUAGAGGUUUAUUCUAGGAGAUCAAAAGAAAACCUUAUGUAGAAUACAAUUAUCUGCUUCAAACACAGACAUCUGAGAUCUUCAAAUAAAGGGUGGUAUACAUUUUUUCCAUGGGGGUGGGAUUACAAGUCUAGUUAUGUAAUACCAUCUCCACAAAAAACAUUACUUUGAGUUUUUAGUGUCAUUUCAAUCAGAUUCUUAAGACAUUAAUAGUUAAUAUGGGUUCUCCAGAGACAAGUGGAGGGAGAGAAUUGUUACCUUCCCUUACGUAUGAAAAGAAAGGGGACCAGGUUUCAACAAAAGUGUCUCUUUGUAACUACCUUUCUAAGUGUCUCUUUGUAAGCUACCUUUCUAAGCCCUUAGUCAUUCUGAGAUAGCCACAUCCCAAAUGUUGUUGAACCAUACUUAGAGGGGUAGCUCAGCCUGAGAUUUCUGAAAUUAUGUUAUCACCAAAUGCAUGACCAUCAGUAGAAAGAAAACUUAAAGCUGCUUCACCCUAAGUGAAAGUACAGCACCAUAAGUUGCUGUAGUUGUAACAGGUUUUUUUUGGGGGGGGGUAUGAGAAAGAAACCUAUAAAUACUUGGCUGAGAACCUGUGAAGUGAAACUGCUUUGUACUUUGCUUAUGCUUCUCCUUGUAUUACACAACUGCUCUUUCCUCAUUUUUCUUCUCACUUAAGAACACAGAGUAGCUAACAAUGCAAAACAUCUUCGUAUAGCAGCUCAUUUGUGUAUAUGUUAGUUACAUCUCUAGGGAUAGCUAAUGGCCAAGAGCUUCCUAGUAUACUAAGCACAACUGUUUCUUUUCAUAAAGUGAAGAGGAAAUAUCCUUGGUUAUCAAGAAUAAAUAUUCAUAAUUGGAGAAAUGAGUAGAGAAAUAGUAAGGAACAUAAAAACAGGAAAAUGCAAAAUCAACCAAGUGGGCACAGUGAAUGUUCAUUUUAGUGAAUGAUCAGGAUACCGUAUCCUGCAGUCAGGGGCUGGCGCUUGGGGUUUGUAAAACAUAAAACUAUUGAAACCAUUGUUCUGUAACUAAUGCUUGAUAUAGAGUGUCCCCAAAAGUACAGGAGUCCUUAGUUCAAUAUGUUAUUGAUAGAGCCAUUGAUUGAAGUUUUAAAAUACUAAAGGUAGGUGUAACAAGCUUCUAGUUAAACUAGGCCAUUUUAAAAAAGUGAACUUUUAAAGCAUUAAAGACUCAUAAAUUUUGAAAUAGUGUUUGAAUAAAUUUUCUGAGUAACUCUGCGUUCAACUGAAAUGCAAUUUGCAGAUUCCAGAAAUCCCAUUUGGAAAGGCUCAGUCAUUGCUACCCUUCAUAGAGGAAGACCUCCAGAAAUUCCUGUUAACUGUGACAAAGCACCAAGUUUUGGUAAGUUUAUCUUUCGCUUAUUAACCUACUAUGUUCUCAGUUUUUUCACUUCUGGUUUCUUUGUUUUGUACUGGCUGUUUUGUUUUUUGUGCCCUGCCACAGUAGGGGUAAGAAACUGAAACUGUAAAAUAAGGAAAUAAUUCACAGCAUGAAAGAUGGGAACAAACUAUUACUAUAUGUUCACACUAAUGCUUAUAUAUUAAAAUAGCUGGUAUUAGUUAUGCUGAACUUUACUUAAAAGUAAAAUAAUGGGAGAAGCAACUCCUACAGGGUACAACUCCUACAGCAAGCAUUUUGUCCUUUUCCCAGCUGUUUAUAUUAUAAUAUACUUCUGCAAUACCACAUAGCCAUUUGAGGUGGACAUUCCCCAGAGGCUCAUGGAGGACAGCUUUAACACUGGGAUGGCUCCUCUCUGACUGGGCAGGCAGGGUCAGAUGUAGAUGCUUGCUGGAGGAUUUCACAUUCUCCUGUCUUUUUAGCUUGGCACUGACAUAAAUCGGUGCCUAAUUUCAGCGACUUCCCCCUUAUUUUUCUUGUUUUUCUUUCUCUUUCAAUUUCCCCUUAUUUUGAAGCUUCAUUCCAUUUUUGUUCUGGUGGAUCCCCCCCCCUCAAAAAAAAAAAUUCAACGGGGAGGAGGACAAAGGCAGGCUCAGCUGAACCUGGGAGAAAGAGCCACACAGCUCUUUGAGGAAAAGUUCCCCCGAGCCCCAGGCUCUCUAGGGAGCAGGAAGAGCUGCACAUCUGGUUACUGUGGUUCCAGCAGGCUCCUUCUUCCCAGCUGAUGUGCAUGGCAGUGCAGUAGCAGCAAAGGGCUUCCCGCCUCCCAUAUCAUGGGGGAAUACAUGCCUCCACAAAGUUUAUGCCUUUGCAAGUGAAAGUGAAACAUGAGUAGAGAUUCCUGAGAAAAGUGGUAAGGCCUAUUGCCUAUUUUUAAUCAUGCCACAGCGCACAUAAAGAAAUAGGUGCAUCGUGCAUGCAGGUGGCCUUUGCCACCUAGAAAGAUGAUGGAUAAACAUUCAGGAAUUUUUAUUAGUUGAAAAGCUAUGAAAGGAGGAUAUUUGUGAUAGCUCAGAAUAUAUUCCAGAUCCUAACCCUGGUAGCAUCUCCAGUUCAAAGGAUCAAGUGGCAGGUGGUUCUGCCAUGAGAUCCCAGAGAGUUGCUGUGUCAGUAGACUGGGCUAGAUAGACAAAUAGUUUGACCUGGUGUAGGGCAGUUUCUUACGUUAUUGUUUUGAAGUUUUUUUAGAGUACUCCAACCAGCAUAAUUACCUUAAAUUCAGGUUUACAUCGGCAUGGUGACUUUUUGAAAAAUCCUUAAUGAAUGAUUGACUUAUUUCUCUUCUAGUGGAAGUAAAUUAUGCAAAACAGUUGACCGGAUGUACAAGAUCCAGUUCUAUAUUCCAAGGCAACAUGUAUCAGCAUAUGAAGAUGCACAGAAGAAUUCUUGGUCACCUCUCGGCAGUUUACUGUGUGGUAUUUGAUAGGACUGGACACAGGAUAUUCACUGUGAGUUUCUGUGCAUUCUGAAAUUUUGUCCCCUGUAGGAAAAAGUGAACUGUAGCAGAACCACCCAUCUUUGUUAACGUAUUUUACAUGCAUUGAGAGGUAAACAACUACUUCUGUGACAAUUGUUCACUUACUCUUUUGGUUACUGCUUUUUGAUGUCUGUCCCUUGAAAUUAUUUAUAUUUUAUUUCUCUAAAAUAGAUGUGUAUUUUUGCUGAAUUUAUAUUCUGUUCUGUUUAGAGUGGUUUUGUGUAGAAUGGUCUACAGAUGUAAUGUUUUUAUAAUUUUCAGUUUUAUCCUAACCUUGGGACCUUAUGGUGAAGGCUGGAUUAAAAAAACUUACAAAAUUAAAAAUAAUAUUAUAAUUAUUUAUACACACGUAAAGAGAAAUUUCUGCUUUUUUGGUGGAUAACACUUCUGCUUUUUAAAAGUGGUUUUGCUCUUGAGUUACUGAGCACUCACAAACAGUAAUCAGAAAUGUAAUACAUAUUUUAGUGUGUUCUGUCACACAGCAAUAUUUUUGUCUACUUUCCAGUAAAGCAGCAUGGUAAACUUCAUGAAUGAUAAAUGAAUAGAAAAGAAGCAUUACAACAAAUACUGUCUCUCUUGCUCACUUGUUCUUUGUUUUAGCUAGACUGAUUCAUAGAUGAUAAUAAUCAGCAGUAUUGCUACUAAUUUAUCUCAACUGAAUUUUGGAAUUCUUGAUGCUUUUGUAUGUGGGUCUUUAUGUUUGUUUGUUUUGCUUAUUUGUUUUUAAACAUAUUUCAGACUUCUCUAAUGUGCCUUUCAGCUUAAAAUGAUUUUUUUCUCUCUUUAGGGGUCAGAUGACUGUUUGGUUAAGAUUUGGUCCACACACAAUGGCCGGUUACUUGCUACACUGAGAGGCCACUCAGCAGAAAUCUCUGAUAUGGCAGUAAACUAUGAAAACACAAUGAUUGCUGCUGGCAGUUGUGAUAAAAUUAUCAGAGUAUGGUGCCUCAGAACAUGUGCUCCAAUUGCUGUUCUGCAAGGACACACAGGAUCAAUUACAUCUUUGCAAGUAAGUUUUUAGCUAGCUGGAUGUUGCUUGUUUUGUGUGAAACGUGCGCUAAUAUAUGCUCCAAUGUUUUUUAAAAGUUGAGCCUUUUUCUACUACACCUUGGACACUGAUUUAUAAGUUUUCUGUAAAAUGUGGCAAAAGCUGUUUCUCCCACUGUGAAUUAUUGGAGAUUCGGUAAACGACCUGUAUUUUGUUUUGCUUGUAUCUUCAAAUAAAAUUAUACAGUGGUACCUCGGUUUACGAACUUAAUCCAUUCCAGAAGUCCAUUCUUAAACAAAAACUGUACUUAAACCGAGGCUCGCUUUCCCUAAUGAGGCCUCCCGCUACCGGUGCCCUUCCACCAUUCGGCUUCCAUUUGUAGACCGAGGUAAAGUUCGCUAAACAGAACACAACUUACGGUUUUGUAGAGUUUAUAUACUGAAUAGUUCGUAAACAGGGCUGUUCUUAAACCAAAGUACCACUGUACUUUUAAACGUCAAUGAAUAUAAGUUUGGGAAAUCUGAGUGAAAUUGUUUGCAUAUGAGCAGACUGUCAGUUUUUGCAGCGUUCAGUACUAGAUUAGUUUCCUCAUAGAAGAUUAAAUGACAGGAAACUAAUGCAUAUGUUAUGCAUCAGUUAUGCAGCUUCCAGCUCAAAAGCUGUUGGCACAGUGGCAGUGCAUGUGUUUUUCCAGGUGUUAUAGCACAUGUACCUGGUUUUUCCACAACUCCCAGCUGUGUGUAUACAGUAGCAGUGACACAUGUACUACCGUUUGAUGUGUAAAGAAGUCCUUUAUAGUGGCUGAUAAUACAAAAGCGUCCAUUAUGAGACUUAAGUUGUCAGUUCUAAGGUACAGUAUUCACUGUCUCCUCUUGUACUAGUACUGUAUUAUCAUGGUUUCAUUUUUGUUUAGUUUUGCUUUCUGAUAUUUUGCUCAGCUUUAUUCAUGCUCAGCUUUAUUCAGUCACAUUGUACAUCAUUAUACUAUGUCAUUCUCAUAGUAUAACAUUAGCAUUGUAUAAAUUAUGCAUGGUGUAUGUGUAUUAAUGCCAAGUAAAUAUAUGUAAUAGAAAAGUCUGACAGGUUAUCAGUUUAUAUCAUAUUUGCUUUAAGUGAAAUUUAACAUUUGAUGUUCAAUAAAAAUACUUUUGAAUAUUUUGUAGAAGAUGCAUGCAAAGGAAACUUGGCUUAAAAACUGAAAAUAAAUUUUGGACAGUGAAUGUCACUGCAUAUUGUUAUCUUGUUUCCUUUAAGAUGCACAGUAACCUUCAAUUGGUUUUAACUUACAGUUUAGUCCAUUGGCCAAAGACUCAGUGCGCUACAUGGCUUCCACAGGUGUUGAUGGAACAAUUUGCUUCUGGCAAUGGGAUACCAUUUCUAUGAAAUUCAAGUAUGUAACCAUCUUUAAGUUCUCAUGAUGCAAGGCAUUUUUUAGUUCUGUCAGAUCAAAUUUUAUAUUGUGACAUAGAAAAUAAAGUGUGAGCUUCAAAACAGGUAAUAGUCUAUUGAGAUCCUUUUCUUGAAAAUAUAAAGCAGUAUAGAAAUGAAAUAAAUAAUACUGUUGAAGUAAGCAAAAUAAAAAUGAUACUGCAACUGUUCUGCAACAUAUAGAUGCAUGAAGAAAUUUGAAGCAGGCUUUAUUGUUGUAUUUUCUAAAAUGAAUAUCUUUGUGGAAUUCGUUGUACUUUUUAAAAAAUGUAUUUUUAAAACCUGUUUUUGUUUCUAAAGUAACCGGCCACUGAAAUUCACAGAAAAACCUAGACCUGGAGUUCAAAUGCUUUGUUCUUCAUUUAGUGUUGGUAAGUAUACAUGCUAAUGAAGCAGGUUGUUCUGUCUUCAGUUGAGAAACCAUAAAGAUUUUUAUUUUACUUUUGCUAAAGCAUGUAAAUUAAAUGUAUUACUUCUUAUAGUGAUGGUAACGUACCUUCAUAUAUUAUACAGAAUUCAGACUGUAUGGCACUUUACAAAUUAAAAAGGUUUUAAUUGAAGUAGAAUACCUUUUUAGUUGUCAAGCAUUGAUGGCUAUGCAUUAAUCAUCGUCUAGAGAUAGAUUUUCAGUGUUAUAAUAAGUAGUUAUAUUAGUUCUAGAAAUAAUGAGUUGGGUCCAGAUUAAGCUGGUUGAACUUCAGUCCUUUUGCAAUCAGUGGGACUUAAGUGCAACUAACCCAUUUGGAUCCAAUCCAUAUUUUUAUAGCUUGCUGCCUGUUAGCAUUCUAAACUACUGUUUAAAUUUUCAGGUGGGAUGUUCUUAGCAACUGGAAGUACUGACCAUGUUAUCAGAAUGUAUUACUUUGGUUCUGAAACACCUGAAAAAGUUGCAGAGCUAGAGAGCCAUGCUGUAAGUAAUUCAGUGUUAAAUUUAAAUGAACUCUUUUAAUUAUAUAUAUAUUUACAUUGAAAGAAGCUGUUCUAAAAUCUGACCGAUGCAGACUUAAGACCUGAUCUUAAAAUCCAGGUUACUGCAGUUGACAUAAUUAGGAGGUGGGACAAAUUGUACUGUUAACAGAUUGGUUCUGUUAAAGGUUUUGUGUGAACGUAAAACCUUGAUCAUAGCACAGUGGCCACCUUUUAUACAUUCAGAAUCUCAGCUUCAUAAGUCAGGAAAUGCAAGCUUCAUGCACCCUUGCAUGCAAAGGCAGAAAAGCCAGAAACCCAAAGUUUAACUUUAGCUUUCCAUUGUGUCUGAACCAGGAAACAAUGGUUAAUUGCUUUUAAACAAGGCAGGAUCGGGAAGCCAUAAUUUAAAUUUGGAAUAUAAUGUGUACCACUGGAAGCACCAUUUCAAAAAGGAUUAUUUAUUAUUUAGUUUCUUAAAUGUUUUAUAAAUAUGUAUACAUUAUAAUGUUAAAAUAUUCAUAAAGUAUUCCACUCUAAGAGAGGGUACAUAAUUCAUUGUACAACAUACACAACCAUAAGUAACCAGCACUAAUCUUAAAACAAUAAACAGAGCACAAUAUUAGACAGCAAACUUAACAGCAUGCAAAUACCUGAAUGAAGUCUUGACCUGAUACUGAAAAAAAAUCUAGAGUUGGUGCCACAUGAGCCCCAGACAGGAAAGAUUCUUUAUAGCUUGAGUGCUACCAUAGAGAAGGCCUCCUCACAUAAUGUACAACUCCUAAAGGUGAGAUGCAAAAGAGAGCCUCCCCGGAAGGUGUUAAUGCAGGCUGAACAGUGUACUGAGACCCAGUCCAAAUUCAUUAGUUCCACACUGUUUAGGGCUUUAUAAAUCAUCAGCAACACUUUGGAAUUAGACCAGAAAAGUAUUUGUAGCCAGUGCAUUUAUUUUAAAACGUGUGUUGUUAGGCCUCUGUAUGCCUUCCCACUUAGCAGCCUGGCCCCCAUAUACUGUAGCAACUGCAGCUUUUGUGUUGUUUUCAAAGGCCGUCCCAUGUAGAAAGCAUUACAGUAAUCCAGUUAAUGCAAGGUUACCAUUGUGUAGUUCACUGGGGCACAAGAGCAGAAGGUGGUAAUUACUCUCGUGCCCAGAUUGCAGUUUCCAGACAAAUCUGGCUGACCACUUUGGGAAACAGGAUGCUGGAGUCAAUUAAUGGAUAUUUCGACUAAUGUAACAGGGCUCUUAAAUUCUUGGCCCUUCUCAUAAUUCAACUAGAGAAUAACCAAUUCUUUCCUAUUCAUGGACAGUCCCGUUGGCAUCCGUUUGUCCCGGGAGACAAUGGAGGAGUGUGCCUUUGGGGGUGAAUUCAAAGCACUGGAGAGUUACAGUCCUUCAUCUUUAGAAUUAAUAUUCCUUUAAUCACAAAACAGGGGUGGAGUGACUUAUGCAUUUAAUGGGCAUAGUUUGCGUUCUAUUGUAACACAUCUUUCUCUCUUGUAGGACAAAGUUGACAGCAUUCAGUUUUCUAAUAAUGAUGACAGGUAUGUUACACUGAGAGAUGCUGAGUGGAAAAACCAGUAAACUGGAGAGUCCUAAGAAAAUCUAGCAAUACUGUAAAACAGAAAAACAGUUUAGACCAGUAUGGAACAGAAUUCAAAUUGGAGUUGAACUCUCACCAGCCCAUCUAGCGUGGCCAGUGGUCAUGUAUAAUAAAAUUUUGAGCCCAACAUCAGGAGUGUACAGGUUUCCCAUCUUAGUUACAAUGCAGACUUACAUAUAGACUAAUGUAGAAUUUUUAAUCCAUUUCUUUCUCUGCACCAGUUCAUAAGAAAUUGCCUUAUGCUUAACUGGAUGUUGCUAAAUUCCUGGUUUGUUCACACUGAAGGUUCAUUUUUUUCCUUCACAGCAUGAUCUGAUUUUUACAUUAUAAAUCUUGAGGAAUGUUAUAUUUCAAGGCUUUUGGUAAUUUCAAGACAGCAUAAUUGACCUAAUAAUCUGGUUAAUUGCUAUAAAUGCCUGAUAAAUUCCAUGAAAUGUUUUUCCUCUUUUUGUUUGUUUUCCUACAAGUCAAAGAUAGCAAUUUUGGAAGGAAGUAGAGGAGCAUGACUUCAAUGUCAUUCACACAAAGUUACUUUUAGUGUAAGACAGGGUUAGGGAGCCUGUGACCCUCCAGAUGUAGGGCUCUAGUUCCCAUCAUCCCAGACCAUUGUGCUGUGAGGAUGGUGCUGAUGGGAGAUGUAGUGGCACCCGCCCUGUGGAAUGCCCUCCCACCAGAUGUCAAAGAGAAAAACAACUACCAGACUUUUAGAAGACAUCUGAAGGCAGCCCUGUUUAGGGAAGCUUUUAAUGUUUAACAGGUUAUUGUAUUUUGGUGUUCUGUUGGAAGCCGCCCAGAGUGGCUGGGGAAACCCAGCCAGAUGGGCGGGGUAUAAAUAAUAAAUUAUUAUUAUUAUUAUUAUUAUUAUUAUUAUUAUUACCCAGCAAGAUCUGGAGGGCCACAGUUUUCCUGCCCUCGUUCAGGAAAUAGUAUGUGCAUGAAGUCUUUUGAUCACAUAUACUAGAUUGGUGUAGGAAAGCACUGGAUGUGCAGUUCUAAAAAGUCUAGAGAUGCACUGUUUGACCUUUAUUUAGUGCAGGGGUGAGGAGCCUUGGACAUGGGAAGUGAAUGCAUCCCUCCAGGCCUCUCACCCUUGCAACUCCCUUCAGGCCAUACUGUUACCCCAGCAACACUUCAUUACGAGACUGUUUUGCACCCUCCUUUAGUGUUUUUGCCAGCAAUUGCCAUCACUUCCCUCAGUGCAGUAACGUAUGAACUUGAUGCUCUUCUCUGACACCCAUGCUUAGGCCCCACUCAGGAAUUUUCUUUUGCUUGAGAGAAAGAGAAAUUACACAAGUGAGAUCUUUUGAGUGAUUUCAUGGAGCAAGUGGCUUGUUCAUCUCUUAAUGGGGUGUGGGGUUACCCUUUUCCUGUACCGCCUGAGAGUUGCCACUGCUGCCAACCUAUGAAUGAGGAUGGAAAUAAUUUAUAAAGUAGUGGAUGAGGAAACAUCAUGGAUUAGAAAGACCAGUGGGAUUUUUGUGAUUAUGCCCUCUGGUACAGAAGACUUUCACUUUUUUUUUUAACUGCUCAUGGCAGCUGUUUUGGGCUGGUACCCACAACACUCUUAUUUAUGGGCACCUCAGAUUUUUUUUACCAAAACAAAGCCCAGAAAAAGAUAGUCCAUUGAUUAGGGUGGUAGGAGGGUGUUGCAUACAUUUUGUUGUAAUACAGCACUCCUUUACUCUGGAAUGUGGUGGGGAGUUAGAUUCACUUCCAAAUUUUCUGAUUGCAAAGCUGACACUCUCCUAUGUCCUUGGGAAAUGUGUUUGAACUGGUUGGAGGCAGCCUUUGGAGAAUAGUGUUCUCCAGUCAUACCAUUUUUGUAUAUGCAGCAUGCAUAUUUAAAACUUCUGAAAGGUGCCUCUUAAAUCUGAACACUAUGCUUAUCUUUUAUAUGUCACAUAGUAUCUUUUAAACUUAUGCCAAGGUUCAUAAGUGGCAGCAGAGAUGGAACAGCCCGAAUAUGGCGCUUCCAACAAGCUGAGUGGAAGAGUGUUUUGUUGGACAUGGCUGACAGGCUAUCUGGGUAUGUGUAGUGUAUUUCAUUUAUAUGGGGUAUUAGCAUUGAGUGACUAUGAAAUUUACUAUAUUAUUGUAAUAUAUAGUUACCUUGUUUAGUCGAAUGAAAGCUGCUAAGUAGGGUGGGAGUGUAAAGCUUGUUUUUGUUGGAAAACAGUUAUGAGUAUGCUUAGCUGCUCUAGUGGUAAAGUGGUAUAUCUUGCAAGGAAGUUUUAGUCUUCAAACUGCUAGUGUGAAGUAGGAACACCCAUCAAAGAAAAGGGAAGAACCACCCAGCUUCUGUUUGCUUAUUUUCCUCAUUUUCUGGCAUCCUCUAUGUUAAUCUGACACAAACUUGAAAGCGCUGUUACUGGUUCAUUCACUUUCCAGAGCAAGAAGUGCCUGUCAUUUUUAGCACACCAGGGUAAUUGAUGCUGCUGCUCCUGCUCUAAAAUGUUUGUUUCAAUCUUUUCUGUAAAGAGAUUCCCAAUAUAUUCUGAUACUUGCGUUUCAAGAAGCUUAAAUUUAAAUUUUCACUUGAAUAGUUUGUUAGAUCUCUAGAUCAAUACUUUGUUUGAUUUUUAUUGGGCAAGCAGAUUAAACUUCUAUCUUGAUUUUGUUAACUUUAAAAAAAAAUGUUAAAAAUUCUGAUGUAUUGAAAUGGUUUAAUUUAUUUGAAAUAGUGAUUUGUGUUCAGAAGAGGACAGAUAUAUGAAGCCUAAAGUGACCAUGAUAGCUUGGAGUAAAAACGAUAAGUUGGUGGUUACUGCUGUGAACAAUCAUCUGCUGAAAGUGUGGAAUUCUUAUACUGGGCAGCUUCUUCAUGAUCUCACAGUAAGCACUGAUUCAGAAUGUGGCAUUUUAUAGAAACCUAGAUCAAAUAUUGUAUUCUACGUUCAGUCUUUUAAAAUAAGAAUUCCAGCUAACUUCAAAAGUAACAUCUCUUUCUACUCCUAUUCAAAAGGGACAUAUGGAUGAAGUGUUUGUUUUGGAACCCCACCCAUUUGAUUCCAGGAUUAUGUUGUCUGCAGGCCAUGAUGGGAACAUUUUUAUCUGGGAUAUAAUAAAAGGCAUUCAGAUAAAACAUUAUUUUAACUUAGUAAGUAUUAUUUCUCUUCAAGCAAUUUGUGUUCAUUUUUCCAUUAUGUUCAGUAUUUAUCCACUUGUUUGAACAACUGUGAUAAAGAGCUACAUAACUUAUUGUCUCCUCUACUUACGAAUGCGAUCCAUUUAAUCCAUAAGUAGAACACUGCUACUGCGUGUGUGCAAAGCGCAAUAGAGUGCUUCUGCGCAUGCGUGAAGCGCGCGCGGUGAACCCGGAAGUAAACACUUCCGGGUUUGCCGCAUUCGUAACCUGAAAAGCUGCAAUGUGAAGCAAACGUAACACGAGAUAUGGCUGUAGAAUUAAACAGGCCUUGUACAGCAUUUGUUUAAACACUGGCCUUUUGUUAUUUGCUAUCAGAAGUCUCUUGAAUAUUACAGUUGCUUCUAGUUCUAAAAUUGGUGUUCUGUUUCCUAUUGGUAUUUUUUUGCUGUGUGCCAAAUUAUAAAAUUAAGAUAUUCAUAUAGACCAACAUAGUGCACUGUAGUAAGUGGCAAGUGUUGCUUGUUGAUCAGGAGGGAGACACUUCUCUAAUGAAAUAUUUGUCAAUUGACUGCUUUAAAAAUAGCAAAAUACUUGUAAGUUCUGUGUUGUUAUUCAGAUUGAAGGACAAGGACAUGGUGCUGUCUUUGACUGCAAGUUUUCAUCAGAUGGACAACACUUUGCCUGUACAGAUUCUCAUGGGCAUCUAUUGAUAUUUGGCUUUGGUUGUAGCAAACCUUAUGAAAAGGUAUUUUUUCAGUCUUUCUCAAUUAUCAUUCCUAGAAAAAUUAGUAGUGUUAAUAAAUGUAUCUCAUGUUCAGCCUUUAUUUCUUCUGAGCUUGUUGAUUUCUUUUUUUUUUAUAAUUAAUUUUUAUUCAAUUUCCAAUAUGCAUUCCAUCCAUGUUUAACAUCCACUUCUAACAUAUACAUCUUUUAGACUUCUCUCAGCCUGUCUGACAAUUUUCCAUAUUAUCACAAUUACCGUAUUUUUCGCCCUAUAGGACGCACUUUUUCCCCUCCAAAAAUGAAGGGGAAAUGUGUGUGCGUCCUAUGGGGCGAAUGCAGGCUUUCGCUGAAGCCUGGAGAGCGAGAGGGGUCGGUGCACACCAACGCCUCGCUCUCCAGGCUUCAGGAAGCUAUCCGCAAGUCUUGCAAGCCUGGCGGGAGGUCCCGCGGGCUCGCAAGGCUUGCGGGCAGCAGCCUGCAGCCCAAAAGCUCGGGGGACAGCGGGGAGGCGCAGCGCCGCCACCCCGCUAUUCCCCGACCUGGUCUGGAGGCUGGGGGGGGGGGAAGCAAGCUUGCUUCUCCUCCCCACCAGCCCCACAAGUUCGGGGGAUAGCGGGGUGGCGGAGCGCCGCCACCCCGUUAUUCCCCGACCUGAUCUGGAGGCUGGCGGGGGGGAGAAGCAAGCUUGCUUCUCCCCCCCGCCAGCCCCACAAGCUCGGGGGAUAGCGGGGCAAGCUGUCCCUGAAGGCAGAAGAGGGAGACGGAGCGCUCCGUCUCCGUCUUCUAGCUUGGGGAUGGCUGCGCAAAGCCUCUGCAGGGCAACGGAGUGCGCUGCCCCACAGAGGCUAGGGAGGCUGUCCCUGAAGGCAGAAGAGGGAGACGGAGCGCUCCGUCUCCCUCUUCUAGCUUGGGGAUGGCUGCGCAAACCUGGGGGGGAAAUAAAAAUUUUUCCCUUGAUUUCCCCCCCAAAAAGCUAGGUGCGUCCUAUGGGCCGGUGCGUCCUAUAGGGCGAAAAAUACGGUAUUCACAUUUCUUAAAUUUAUAUUGCGCUUUAACAAUCUUAAUCUUAUCAUAUCUUUUAAGCAACAUUUCUAUCAAUCGUUUUCACAGAGCUUCUUGAAAGCCAACAAGCGUUAAUUGCUCCUCACAUACAUUUUUGAUAUACUCUGUAAAUUUAUUCCAGUCCUCGGUGAAUCUCUGAUCGCGUUGGUUCCGAAUUUUCCCCGUUAAUUUGUCCAUUUCUGCAUAUUCCAUCAGUUUCAUUCUCCAUUCUUCCCUCGUCGGCAUUUCUUCCUGUUUCCAUUUCUGGGCCAUCAAAAUUCUAGCUGCUGUCACUGCAUACCUAAAUAACUUCACAUCCUUCUUUUUAAUUUCAUUCCCUAAUAUUCCUAAUAAAAAUGUUUCUGGUUUCUUAACAAAAGUAUAUUUCAACAUUUUCUUCAUCUCAUUAUAAAUCAUUUCCCAGAAACCUUUCACUUUCUUACACUCCCACCACAUGUGAUAAAAUGUUCCUUCUUUUUCCUGACAUUUCCAACAUUUAUUACUGACUUUAUACAUCUUACCAAGUUUCACUGGUGUUACAUACCAUCUAUACAUCAUUUUCAUAACAUUUUCUUUUAUUGUAGUGCAUGCAGUGAAUUUCAUUCCUUCUUUCCACAAUUUUAUCCACUCAUCAAAUUGUAUAUUAUAACCAAAAUCUUUGGCCCACUGAAUCAUAACUGAUGAGCUUGUUGAUUUCUGCUUCAUGUGUACUGUAUGUAUAGACAAUCAGUCUUUAGGCCCAGUUCCAGUGUAACCUUGAUUGUUGGGACAGUGGAUAAGCUUGAGUGCUUCCUUCUCUUCUUGCAAACCUUGCUUGAGAGGUGCCUCUCUGAUUUGUUAAAUCAAUUUCCUGUUCUGUCCAAAACAGGAAGUGGCAUUUGAGUGCUGCCUACAAGCCUAGUUUCCAAUCCUGCUUUACAACCAUUGAUUAAUUGAUUAAAUCACAUGCCACUGGUUUGGUUAUCUUUAGAAACUGUGGUUUCUAAUUGAAAUCUGCUUUUAAACUGAGCAUAUGAACCAGAGUGAAGGGGAUGAGGAAUUGCUCAAACUCAUUACUUAUUUAUGCUUCAACAAACCGCAGUGUGUUAAAGCUGCCGAGUUACGUUUGAACCAAGCCUCAGUCAACUAAAGCUUCAUUUGAUAAAUCUGUUAGGAUAAAAUUUAAUCAGUGGGGUUAAGGCAAGGGCAUGCUAAAAAAUAAAUAAAGAUCAUUUUGAUUUUUGAAUAAAGUACUGAACUGUUGAGGUUUUAGCUAGUCAGUCUGGUAUUGCCCCAAACUUACCGAAUCCAGUGUGGUUCCUCAUGCUGAACCUAUAUUCUGCAGUUCUAUAAAAAACUGUCACCCUAAUUGUUAAAAAUACACCGUCUCGUGGGAUAUUCAGAAAAUAAUAUUCAACUGGGAAUUUUGUUAAUGGAUAACAUUGUAUUUCAUGGAGUUAAAACUUGACAAAAGGUGCAGAAUGGAGGAAGAUGUGAACCCCUACUAGGUGUUAGAAACAUUGGUUUGGGAAACACAUUGAGUGAACUGUUUUAGUUCAAUAAGACCUAUGAAGACCCUCUGCUUCUGAGGAAGUCCAGUGUGUUUGAAACAUGUUGGCUGUUCCUCAUAAAACUAAUUACAGCAUUCUGGCACCAACUGGAGGCCUGCCUCACCCUUCAUCCUUCUGGUGUACUCAGUUUACUAUAGUAUUUAAUGUCGUUUUCCUCCCUGCAAAGUUGAUUAUAUUUAAGUUUCAUUUCUUUCUAGAUUCCUGAUCAGAUGUUCUUCCACACUGACUACCGACCACUGAUUCGAGAUUCUAACAAUUAUGUCCUAGAUGAGCAGACUCAACAGGCUCCUCACCUCAUGCCCCCACCAUUCUUGGUAGAUGUGGAUGGAAACCCUCACCCAACAAAAUACCAGCGGUUGGUACCAGGAAGAGAGAAUUGUGCAGAUGAGCAUCUGAUUCCUCAGCUGGGAUAUGUAGCAACAAGUAUGAAUGGCAGUCUUCCACCUCUAACUUUGAUCUCAUGAAAACACAAUACAAUCCAUACUGUAGUCUUAAGUAGUUAUGGUGUUAUGUUUAGGGUAUGCUAUGUUAGUUAUGUCUUCAACAAACACUUUUUGGAUUUUUUUGUUUUGUAUUAUGCAACUUGAUCGGUUAACAAUAUUCUUUCUUAAUACAGUGGUGCCUCGCAAGACGAAAUUAAUUCGUUCCGCGAAUUUUUUCAUCUAGCGAAUUUUUCGUCUUGCGAAGCAUGGUUUCCCAUAGGAAUGCAUUAAAAAUCAAUUAAUGCGUUCCUAUGGUCAAAAAAAGUCCAAACAAAGCCAAAUUUGAUACAACAAGAGUUUAUUAAGUGCUCUUUAAAGUCACACAUACUGUAAAGAGCAUUUCAAAAUUCAAACCCAGAAUUUUUUUAAAAAAACAGCAGAGUGGCCCAAUGGUCACAGAAAAUCAUAAAAAUGCAGGGGGGAAAAGCAAGCUUCCAGAUUCUUGCAAACCCCUCCCCAACUGUUCCCCCAGCCACCCAGCACACAGAAAUUCAAAUCCAGAUUUUUUUUAAAAAAACAGCAGAGUGGCCCAAUGGUCACAGAAAAUCAUAAAAAUUCAGGAAAAAAAACAAGCUUCCAGAUUCUUGCAAACCCCUCCCCAACACCAAGUCCUUGAAUUCCAAACACCCCAACCCAAAAUCCAAAACCCCCCAAAAAAGUUUUAAAAGCUUAACUUACCAAAUGGCUGCAAAAGAAGUUUUGGAAAAGCUUCAAAAAUCACCAAAGUCUUUAAAAACCUCAAAAAAGGCUACUAUGUACACUGCGUUCUAUGAGUUGGCUCCUCGAAGUCAAGUUGCAACUGUAUUAACGGUGUUAUGAAAAAGGAAACAAACUUGCAAGACGUUUUCGUCUUGCGAAGCAAGCCCAUAGGGAAAUUCGUCUUGCGAAGCAGCUCAAAAAACGGAAAACCCUUUCGUCUAGCGAGUUUUCCGUCUUGCGAGGCAUUCGUCUUGCGGGGCACCACUGUACUCAGUGCUUGUAGAAACUAUAUUGAAAAGGAAUCAGGUCUUAAAAACAGGCAACUUUAUUUGUUAAUAUUUAAGACAGUAUUUCUUAAUCAUUUACUUGAGAUCUAGGGUAGAAAAUCAACCAAGAUAUAAAAUUUUCUAGUGCAUUAUUUUGCUGCAGAAAUUUUUCCAUUUCCUAAAUUCAUUAGUAGCAAUGAAUGGAUGCCAAUUGAAAAUAAAUAUUAGACAGUGGACAGUUUAACUUCAUUGACUAAAUACAAGUAAAAUUAAUAUGCUAAUUGGAUCACUCUCUAGGGCAGGUUUCCUCAAACUCUGCUCUCCAGAUGUUUUGAGACUACAAUUCCCAUCAUCCCUGACCACUGGUCCUGCUAGCUAGGGAUCAUGGGAGUUGUAGGCCAAAAACAUCUGGAGGGCUGAGUUUGAGGAAACCUGCUCUAGGGCGUUGAAGCUUUUCUGAUGCAAACUCAAGAAAUUCCAGUUCAAAACUCUCUGGAAAACCCAUAUCACUGCUUGAGAUAGUUUUUCAAGUUCUGAAGUAGGCACCAAUUUAGAUUGCUCUCCAAAAUUAUAAGAAAAGGGGUUAAGUAUGGCCAAGGAUACUUUCUCCUGGCUUUCUUUUUAAACUAGUGCAUAUAAGUUCUAAACUGUGUUUUUGAACUCUGGAAUGUAAAAAGCAUCUUGGAGAUUCUGGAAGGCACCUUCUAAGCAAGAGUCUUAAGGAGGAAAUUGAGAGCUUUUAGCAUCUCUAGCUCCUAGCCAUGGCUGCUAAAAAACUCCAUUUCCCAUUUAUUCAGCAGAGUAUUGACUGUUUCAGGAUGACUGUGAGAGCAGGCAAAAAAUCAACAACAUAAAAUGUAGAGGAUUUUGUAUUUUAAGAGAUUGGUGAGAAUGGGUUCAAUAUUCUGACAGUUGUUCUUAAUUCUGAAAUUGCUAAAUGCGUGUGCUUUUCAUUUAAAUUUUGUAAGGUGAUGGAGAGGUCGUGGAGCAAGUAAUAGGUCAACAAACUGCUGACCAGGAGGAACCGGCUCUGGAACCUAGCAUACUUGAUGGCAUGAUUAGACAUUUACAACAACAGCAAGACCAAAGAAUUGGUUCAGAUCAAGACAUGCUUCCACCUGGGCCACAAAAUGGAGAUGAAACAGCUAGAAGAGGUCAGUGCUUGCUUUGAAGAUUAGAGGGAAAUUAUAAACUUUUGCUGCUUAUUAGUAUCUCUGACUUAAAACAUACUGAUGUAUCAUGGUAUCACAUUACAGGUCAAAAAGCCAAUUUGGGACACCCAUCUUGUCUCUCACAAAAUGAGAAAUAUAGUGUCCAUAGUGUCAUCUCUUUUAUAUAACUUCCUCCCCUUUGAAACAUGACUUGAUGCCUAUCAUUACUGUUUACUCCACCUUUGGAAGUUAUUAAUGUCCAGCUAGAAUGUGUAGAUAUUUUGUAGUAAAUACAUAAAUCUCUUGGGUCAUUCAGAAGAGUACUUGGUCUGAAAUCUACCAUUAUUCAGUAGAAGAUGCAACAUGCCAAAGCUAUUUGCUGCUGGAAUGUUUUUACUGCGUGUAUUUUAUGAAUAUCUCUUUCCUUUAGAUUUCCGGAGGCCAAGCUCUGAUAUCCAGUCCGCUCCUAAUAUUGGCCUGAGACGUAGUGGUCAAGUUGAAGGUGUGCGCCAGAUGCACCAGAAUGCUCCAAGGAGUCAGAUCGCUACAGAAAGAGACCUCCAGGCUUGGAGACGGAGAGUAGUUGUUCCAGAAGUGACACCCAGUAUAUUUAGGUGUGCAGGCUUAUUGAACUAAAGAUUAUUAUGGAAGCAAGUUAUAAGUAUUCAUACCUUUAAUUGAAAAUUUAGGCAUUUGAGAAAUAUUUUUUCACUUGGUAUUAAAGUAUCAUUUCCUGAAGACAUCAUUUGAUCAGCAUAAACAUACUGUUUCUGGUCUGUUUACUACCAGUUUAUUCCCUUGCCAUAACUUUAGAAUCCAGUUCCCUUUAACCUUUCAUGUUCAUACUAUUAACUCUAGAUUAGAGCCUCUGGACAGGAGCUAUAACACUGCUGUUCUACAUGCUACUUAGUUUUAUUUGUUCUGCUUCUCAUCCAGUCACUGCUGCCAAAGGCCAGCAUUAAUUGAAACGCUAGCCUGUCAUUUUUACAUAGCAUAAAACUGGUGUAUACAUGCAUCAGCUUUCCUUCAAACCAGAGUUAGCAACAGAACUGUAUACUGUAAGUACUUUGCCUUUCACUGAUGUGAUUCUGCUUUGUCUGACAAGCGUUUAAAAUGCAUUUUUCAGAAAUCAAAUGGAGUAUAGGGUUGCAAAAGGAGAAGAAGAGAAACGCAUAUAUACAAUGGAACAAAAAAGGAAGUUAUAUCAUUCAUCAGAAAAGGUAGGAAAUGUAAGAUAUAGAAUGUCUUAUGAGUAACAUGAGGGUUCACAGGUUGUUACUCAGAGAAGAGAUUUGAAUGCAAUAGAACUGUGUGCAAAGCUUGUUGUGUGACAGAGUUGCAGCAGUGAAUGUAUACAUUAUUUCCUCAAAUCUCUUCUAUGCUCUUAAAUGACUUCUUCACAUUGGAACCAGGAAUAAACUGGAGUCCCUGGCAUCUCCAGUUAGGACUGGGAAGGACACAUAUCUGGAACCCUAGAGAGCUGCUGCCAGUCAGAGUAGGCAGUGCUGAGCUAGAUGGACCAUGGUUCUGAUUCUGUCCAAGGCAGCUCCAUCUGUUCUAAUGUAGAUACAAUAAAAGAGAAAAGAAAUGGCAGCACUCAAACACCUGAAGGACUGUUGCAUAGGUUCCUUGUUUUUUGCUACCUUAGAGGACAGGAGUAGAUGAAAUUGACUUAAGUUACAGGGUAAAUUUCAGUUGAAUAUUGGUAGAAGCUUUUGACACUGGUUCAGUGGAACCAGUUGCCUAGAAGGCUUGUAGGUUCUCCCAUGUUAGAGGCCUUCAAGCAAAUCCUGGACAGCCUUCUGUUGGGGGGGCGCCCUGACUCUGGAUUUCCUACAUGAGCAACUGGCUAGACUAGAUCACUACAAAGCCUCCUUUAUGAUACUGUGACUGUUUGAAUGUUUUUCAUUUAGAAUUUGACAGAUUAGGUUCCUUGUAUCUCCUUUCUAGUAAUUUGUAAUGCAUACUUCCACCUCUAACUUGGCUCUUCUUUAAUGGUCCUAAUUCAGAGUGACUCAGAAGAUUCACUGAUACAAUCCAAGAGAAGGCUUUAUAGACGCAAAUAUGCUUCAUAUCAAGCACGGAAUAAGAUUGAACAAUCUGAUUCUUCUAGUGAAGAUGGAGAUGGAGGUUCAGGAUUCAUUGAACAGGUGACUGCUCCGAUUUCAUGUUAGUAAUUAGAACUAUCAAAAAUUCUGAUUUCCAUUUGUUUGUUUUCAAAGCCCUAGCUUUUACGAGCAAAGGCAGGGUAGAUACAAUUAGUAUCAAUUAGAUACAGUUAGCAGAGCCCCCUUCAGUGCAGAUAAUAAGUAGGAAGCUGACAUUUUAGUGAUGCAUUUUAUUGUGUUGUACUAAGUGUCUGCGGACAGCGCUGGCUCCCGGCCUAUAGAGUGAGAUGAGCGCACAACCCUAGAGUCUGCAAGACUGGCCCGUACGGGCAGGGGUACCUUUACCUUUUUAUGUAAUCAGUUCUUUCUUAAAUAUCGUUUUCUUUUGUUGUAGUUUUGUAAAUCUUCAACCUCGUGGUGAUAUAAGAGAAAGAAUGAACAACUCUAAAUAUUUUCCCAUUUUUAAUCUAGGAGGCAGAAGAAAGUGAUGGGAUGAAUUUGUCUUCCCAUGAGGAAGAAUGGAAGAGUGACAGCAGAACCAACAGUGAUAGUUCCAGGUAAAAUCGGUUUCAAGUAUCAGUUUGUGAUGUUUGUGAGCCUUGGCAAAACUAAAUUUUUCCUUCUGAAAGUAACUUUUAUUGGGGGGUGGAAAUUAUUUGUGAUACAACUAGAUGAUGUGCUGGAAAUAAUGCUGUUUGGUGUUUAGCAGCAAAUUAAAGUUUGAAAGGUACUAAUUAAAAUUAGUACUAAUUUGAAAAGUCAAACUUCCCAGAUUGUUAGAUUUUAAUUAGUACCUUGCAGUACAGUGGUACCUCUGGUUGCAAAUGGGAUCCAUUCCGGAGCCCCUUUCACAACAUGAGCAGAACGCAACCCGUGGUUUGCGAUUCACCGCUUCUGCGCAUGCACGUGGCAUAAUUUUGAGUGUCUGCGCAUGCGCAAGUGGCAAAACCUGGAAGUAACCCUUUCCGGUACUUCCGGGUCGCUGCGGGACGCAACCUGAAAAUAUUUAAUCCGAAGCGUCUUUAACCCAAGGUAUGACUGUCAUAUCAAUGACACACCCUCUAUACUGGGAUGUUUCUGUGUACUCUGGUGGAAAAAGGGAGAGAGAGGCUAUCUCUUCUGCAAACUGUGUUCAGAGCACCAGGAGAUGUACUGCCAAGAAGAGGGGAGAAAUUGCCACCUCUUUUAGAACUCUGUAGUUCCUCAUUGUAGUUUGAAUGUUUGAAAUUCUAUGUACGUGACUUUAUAGUGUGCCAGUUACAGAACUACUGUUGAAAUUAACAUUAACAGUCAGCUCUGAAUAAUAUCCAACAAACUUUAAAACUAGUUCAAGUGCAGUCAGUUCUGAGCUAGUAGAGAUCUCUAACUUGGCUGUGUGUGUUUCCCCUCUCUCUCUUCCCCCCGCUCAGUGACUCUUCAAGUGAAUAUUCUGAUUGGAUUGCUGAUGCAGGGAUUAACCUGCAGCCUCCUGUAAGAAGCUCUCGGUGCAAAACUAUUAAAUACUGUAGUUCUUCUGAAGAUGAAGUACCACUAGGAAAAAUGUCUACGCGAAAGAGAAAGAAAAAAAGACGGAAAAAAUACAAACCAAAACAGCAUGAGGAGGUAGUGAUUCUGGUUUUUGUCAGUUUUUAGAUACACCCAAUCAGUUAAUGUGAUUUAGAUUUUUUCCAUCCUUUGAAGACAUUCUAAAAAUUAUUAGUGUAUUUUUAUGAAUAGAAGAGCACAGGAGCAUUUCAAUCCAUGACAUGAACAUUGUAAUGUCCUUGUUGGUUCAUAAUGCUAUUCCAAACCAUGGCUUAGCUUGAGCAAGGAAACAUGCUUAAAGGUAAUUGCAGCCCUAUUUAAAGUGGACCUAGCCACAGUGAUACAAACUUUGGUUACAGCCAGGUAACACUGCUGCAGGGAUGAGGAUCCUGCGGCUCUCCAGAUGUCAUUGGAGUCUUCCCAUCAGCCUUAGCCAGAUUGGCAAAUGGUCAGGGUUGUUGGGGUUAAGUCCAGCAACAAGUUGGUUUGGAAAAUUUACCUGGUGCAGAAUGAUACAGCCAGAGCACUUGUGGGAGCUGGAUCUUGAUAUCUUAUAAGACCUAUUCUAUAUCAGUUGGCUGUCAGUUCAUUUCUGGGACCAAUUCAAGAAGCAGCUUUUCGUCUUCUAAGUUCUAAACGAUUUGAGACAACAUUAUCUGAAGCGUCACCUACAUCUGUAAGAGCCUGCCUAAGCAUUAAAAUCAGGAGACCCUGCUUUCUGGUCUGCCUUUGAGACCUGUUAGAUGGAUGGAAUAGAAGGGUUAGGGCUUGCCCUGCACCUUUGGCACUCCCUCUUCAGGGAUUUGCAAAUGACCUCAUCUCUGUAAAAACUCUGAAGUCUCCUUUAUUCAAGGCUGUUUUUGGCUGAAUUGUGCCGUACUUGGGGGAGGGGGGAAUAAUUAGCUGCUUAUGGGGGUUUGUGUUUUGUUUUAUUUUCAUGUGACUUAGAAAUUUGUAAGAUGCCUUGAAAGACAGAUUAAAAACCUUUUAAAUAAAUUAGCAGUCAUAACGCUGUGUUAUAAUUUGGGUAAUCCUUUAUAAUGAUGCCCAGGUGAAUGCACCCCAGCAGUCCUGGGAAGUUCAGCCUCCUGACUGGAUAACAGAUGUCAGACUCCGAAGGUCUCCUUUUGUUCCACAAAUGGGUGAUGAGGUAAGGGAAUUUACACUGAAUCUAAGCUUGAUCUGGUAAAAGUAGCAUAGCUAGCCUCAGUCCUGUGAUUUGCUAUGUCUUGGAAAAGUAGCCACCAUCCACAAGUAGCAAGCUAUUCUGUGGUGGUGCUCUCUUGUAAGGAUUCUUUAGCUUUUAAAACUACAAAAAGGAGCAGCCACCUAAAAACAAAAGCAAAAAACAGAAAACAAGCUUGGAUUGGGUACUAGCAUGCCAGGCCACAUGCCCAGCUUUCCCCAUUCUGUCCUAAAGCGUUUCUGGACCUUGAGGCAGAAGCGACAGGUCUUGUUUGCAUAUACAGCUGAUGUGAAUAGCAGCAUAUCAUAAUUGGUCCUUGUGCUCAGCUUUAUGCUGUGAAUGGAAGGAGGAGAGUGUAGGAGUGGCUGGUUUCCUUUUCCCUCUUUCCAUUCGACUUGGAUGACUAUGCAGUUUUGGCAUGGGGGAAUCGGUGAGUGAAACAGCCAGUGGGUAGCCAACCCCCUGUUAAUGUAGCUAGCCUUGUAAGUAAAUAGAGAAAAUGUUUCUCAGUAAAAUUAAUUUUGAAUUUCAUUCACUGAUUAAAAAAAUUCAUUUUUGUUAGGCGAUAUAUUUUCGACAAGGCCAUGAAGCCUACCUUGAAGCAGUGAGGAAAAGCAAUAUUUGUCAACUGAAUCCUCAGAAGGAACCAUGGAGAAAAAUGGUUCUUAGGGUAAGACUGGUUCCGCAUGGGUAUUUGCAUGCUACAAAGUACUUUACAAUUCAUCUCACUGGUCCCUUAAAGGAACCAGUAAAGUAGGCAAGGAUGAGGCAGAGGUGAACCUAGUGAAUUUCAUACACUAGUUGUAGAGCCGGAAAUGUUUCAGAAAAAGGGCAACCCAAAUUAUGAAAGGGUUGGAGUAGCUCCCUUCUUAGUAAAGGUUAGAAUGUUUGGGGCUUUUUAGUUUAUCGCUCAGGAAGAUUUUGUUGCUUGAGCAAGCCUCAGCUGGAACCUGGAGUCCUUUAUAGUCCUUCCUAUCUGAGAUGAUACAAUGGCCAACUUGGGCAGAGUCAGUUCAAUUUCACAGCAAAAUGAGAAGGCAUUGCAGAUCUGCUUUACCUAGAAGUAAGCCCCACUGAACUCUGUUGGAUUUACUUUUGAGCACUCAUGCACAGGUUGCACUAUACGUCUUAAAAUAGGUAGCCCUUUUGGCAAGGGGCCACUCGGUAACACGGUUACACAAAUUUAUGGUGUAACUGCACAUUGAAUAUUGUUUACAGUUCUGGUCACCUCACUUAAAAAAAGACAAUGUAGAGCUAGAGAAGGCCCAGAAAAGGGCAACCAGAUGGAUCAAGGGAGGUGAUAAUGUAUAUUUUAAAAUCAAUAUAGGGAAAGUUUGAUUAGGAUCCAAAGAACCACAAGCAGAAAGGAAAUGGCGGUGUUCCACUGCAAGGUGUAAAAUAGUCCUUCCAUAAGUGGAAAACACCUGCUGCGCCUUUGGAUUUAAUAUCAUCUCUGCCUUCCAUUUUCCCCUGAAGUACAUUUAUCUUAAUCUGUUUAUUUAUAGAAACAGAAUUAUGCCUGUGCUUUUGAAAUGGCAAAAUGUAGCAAAGGAUUGACCCUUAGGAAGCUUAAGCACUUGGAAAUGACUAUAGGUUACAUAGUGUUUUGCUUCUAGGAUUGGGGAAGGGCCAUAGAUCAGUAGAGCACCUGCUUUUCAUGCAGAAGGUCAGUUUCAGUCCGUGAGAUCUUCACGUAGGGCUGGGAGAGAAUUCUAGAGAGCCACUGCCAGUCCUUGUAGAUAGUAGUGAGCUAGAUGGUAUGACUCUGUUCCUAUGAUUUGAGUUUUGAAUAAGUUGCCCAGUGGGAAAUCUAGUAACAUAUACCUAUCAAAAAUCUAAACUUUGAGUUGUUGUUUUUUGUAAGGUUAUGAACUGUCUGAAGUUUGUGUUAUGCCCAUUGCUUCUGGACUUUGUUUCUAUUCACACUUCAUAUACUGUGAAUAAUUGCACUAUUGUUAAUGAGAUUCUUUAUUAUAUGUCCAUCUGUUAGGAACAAGAAUUGGUAAAAAUUGUUGGGAUACAUUAUGAAGUUGGGCCUCCUACACUAUGCUGCCUUAAGCUUACUCUUAUGGAUCAUAUUACAGGACAGCUUCUAGACAAAUCAUUUUCACUCAAGUAUGUAUUUUUCCCCCUUUUUUAAAAAAAGUUACAUAAUGCAGACAGUCUGUAUACAUUUGAAGACUAAGUUUUAAUUUUUUCUCCUAGAUACCAUGAUAUGCCAGAUGUUAUUGACUUCCUUGUGUUAAGUCAGUUCCAUGAUGAAGCACGACAAAGGAACUGGCAACCUAGUAAGUCUAUUUUUGUAAUACUGCUGUACCCAUGGGCCACCAAGCAUUGAAACUAGGAAAAAAUGAAAGACAAUUUAGAACGAUUCGCUAGCUGAAUCAUGGGGUGGUUUGUUGUUAUGAUUGUAAUUUAUUUCUUUAUAACUGAUAGGAAUCGAAUUUUAAUGUUACUGGAUCAAUGAUUUUUCAAACCUUGCAGUAGUGUUUGAAUUCAAGAACUGUUAUAGAUAACGUUGAUAGUCUACAGUUUAACCUGUGUUGGACCAUGUGACUGUCUUAUUGUGUUGUGAUUGACCAUUUGUAUAGUGAAUGAAACACAGUAUUUUAAUAGUCACAUGUUGCAUGUGCAAUCCUAGACCAGUUUUUAAAAAAGUCAAUGCGGAAGAAUUGUAUAGCAUCUCAUGUCUUUCCUACAGAUGAUCGCUUUCGUUCAAUUAUUGAUGAUGCCUGGUGGUUUGGAACAGUCCUGAGCCAAGAGCCAUAUCAGCCACAAUACCCUGACAGCCCUUUUCAGUGUUACAGUGUUAAGUAUGUGUUUUUAUUUUUUAUUUUUUUUAAAAUGAUAUUUAUUGAAAAUUUUUAAAAUUACAAAAAAAGACAAAGCAGAGAAAGAAAAAAGAAAAAACAGAAAAGAGGGGGGAAAAACAAACCACAUCCAACAAUACAAAUUCAGUUAAGUAUGUGUUUUUAGCAUGGUUACUUGAGAUUGAUAUUGAAGGUUGCCUUAAAAACAAAAGAGCAUUCGUACCUUAACUACUGUUAAUAAUCUUUCGAUGGCAUGUCAGUGUUUAUAAUGAACCUAAAGAGGCGGAGGAAAAUGAACUCUUAAGUUUACCUUUUCCUUUUCUUCUUUGGCUUUUUGCAUUGAGCAAGAAUGUAGAUGCAGAGGCAGGCCACAACACCAGCUUCCCAGCAGCAGUGUCACUGUCACUUAUUAAGAGGGAGAAGGACUUGGAGGUUGGGGCUGUGCACGUAUAUCAGCAGAGCUCACCCAGUGCUCCCUGCAGUGCAUCUGCACUGAUGUUUGUGCGGAGGAUGUAAGAGAAAAGGAUUGUGACUCAGUGAAGUUAAGAGUGGGAGGGUGCAGAGCAACAUAAACAAGGAAUUUUAAAUAUAUUUUGUUGUUCCCUUUCUGUAAUUCUUUCACCAUGAGCAAGUUUCCUAAAAUCUUUUACCUUAAAAUAUAACAUUAAGUCUGAUCAUUCCUGGGGGUUAUUUCUGUUUGAAAAUUCCUUUACAUAUCUUUAAAAUUUAUUUUAUUUUUGCUUAUUUUUUUAAAUAGAUGGGACAAUGGUGAAACUGAAAGACUUAGCCCAUGGGACAUGGAGCCUAUUCCAGACAAUGGUAUACAAAAAUCAAAUUAUGUCAUUUUUUCUUGUUGAACAGACAGACAAUAAAUGGGUUAGGAGGUCAAUAAACAAUUGUGGGCUUGUGGGCUUUUGUUCUUCUGCUUCUACCCUUCGGGGAACAUAGAUGUGAGGGUUGGGCAUUGCUAAUUUUUCUGAAACCAGUGAUUGAGAUUCAUGGGCGCACCAGACACUUUUCAUCCCUGAGAGAGGGUAAUCCACAAAGUUAUGCAGUGAUGAGCCUGAAAACAAAUGUGUGCAUGAGUUUGCUGUGCUUGCAGGUAUAUUGUCACUAGAUCUGGCUAGUAGAUUUUGUGAAGGAUCACUACUUGUCAGCAUGUGUGCUUAUCCCCCAAUCUACAGGCAGGAAGAUUUCCUGUCUAAACUAAAGAUUGGCAUAUUUGCUCAAGAUGGAGCUCCACCAGUAGUUAUGCUUUGCAAUUAUUUAGCAGUUAAGCAGGUUUUGUUUCAAUAGCCAGAUUUAUUAUACAUAGGCUAAAGCAGGGGUGCCCAAACUUUUUUCAAAUUUGGCCAGAUUUGAUGAAAUGAACAUAUGUGAAGGCCGACCAAAGUUGUUGAGCUUUUUUUUUUAGGAUUGAACUUUUUUUUUGGAUUUUACUCCAGGACAUAUAAUGCCACAGGCAGCCUUAUUUUAGUUUUUAUUUUACCUUAUUUUACUUACCUAAGUAACAGAUAAUUGGACACUGAUGUGUUGCCUUGCCCUUUAAGCAAGUAGGCAGCUUACAUUUUAGCUGUUGCCUCUAUACUGUAAAAAGGUAAAGGUACCCCUGCCCGUACGAGCCAGUCUUGCCAGACUCUAGGGUUGUGCGCUCAUCUCACUCUAUAGGCCGGGAGCCAGCGCUGUCCGCAGACACUUCCGGGUCACGUGGCCAGCGUGACAAGCUGCAUCUGGCGAGCCAGCGCAGCACACGGAACGCCGUUUACCUUCCCGCUGGUAAGCGGUCCCUAUUUAUCUACUUGCACUUAGGGGUGCUUUCGAACUGCUAGGUUGGCAGGCGCUGGGACCGAACGACGGGAGCGCACCCCACUGCGGGGAUUCGAACUGCCGACCAUGCGAUCGGCAAGUCCUAGGCGCUGUGUACCUAGUCUGAAAACAAAGGACCCGUUGAAGUAUUUACAGAACUCCAGAUCUAAUUUGGACACCUCUUUUAAGGGAAUUGAUGUUGAUAGAUCUGAACCUGGAUAUUCAGUGAACAAAAAUCAAACUUACAUUAUUGUCACGUGCCUGGCUACCUCUGACUUUAAAAGUUUGUAUCAUAAGAAGUGUAAUUUAAUGAACUUACUGCAUUUUGUUUUGUUCGCCUAAUGUCUCCUGUAUUGCUUGAAAAUAACUAGUUGAUCAGCCUGUGGAACUGGGAGCUAGUGUUUCUGUGACUGCUGAAGAGAUGGCAAAAUUAUUAUACAAACCUCAAAAAGGAGAAUGGCAGGGGAAAUCCCAAAGUGAAGAAUGUGAACGGAUUAUCCAUGGAAUUGAUCAGCUUUUGACACUAGGUAUGUAUCUAGAAAUCUGGUACCUUUUUCCCAUCAUGUUUGUGUAGUGGAUUAAAAACUUUGGAUUCAUACUGCAAAUACUCAGACUGUGUUCCUGGCUGACAAGUUUUCUAAAAGGUUGCUUAAUCUGUUUUUAAUUUCUGAAGGGCUGUAUGUAAAUCCAUGAUGUAUGUAAAUUGAAUACAUUAAUUUAGAUGCUUCAACUGUUGUUGUUAUUUAUUUAUUUAUUACAGAUAUUUCAGCAGCAUUUGCUGGCCCAGUUGAUCUGAAUAGGUAUCCAAAGUACAGUACAGUAAUAGCUUAUCCAACAGACCUUUGGACUAUCAGAAUGAGACUUGUCAACAGGUUUUACAGGUUGGUCUGAGACUGCACUAGAAGGAUGAUAGCAUAUCCGUCUUAUAAAAUUGCUGAAAAGUUAAACCACAUGUAAUAUUGCAUAUUUUGGAAAUCCUUGGUACGCUCCUUUGCUGAGGUACAGUUCAGAUGAGGCAACAUUAUAACUUCAAUAGGAAUUGGAUGUUUACUAUCCUUAAAAUAUGGCAGACUUUUGGUUUAGCUGCAAUACCACAGUUUUCAAUAUUUCUAAAUAGCUUUUAGUUACCUACGCAUUUAGAAUUUAGCAUAAUAUACGUAGUUCACCUCUUACGCAAGGGUUAGGUUCCGGAGGUCCAAGUGCAUGCACAAAAACAAGUAAAGCCAGGAAGCCCUGGAAAAGGGCUCUCUGCAAGGUGGAUGGCUUCCCUGGCCUUGGGAAAGUGAUGCAAGGGCUCUAGGACUCUGCAAGAACCCUUGCUCCGCCUUCCUAAAGCCAGGUAAGCCUGCAAUCACAGAAUUGUGUGGGAUAGGUGGGGAAGGGGAAACAUGGAGAGUCUACCCACCCAUGCAAAGCUGUGAUUGCAUAAGAUGCAGGUUACCUAAAUACAGAUGCCUGACUGGAUCUUUCCUUUCUAACACAGUGAGAAAUAAGCUGUACAUGGGAGGGAUUUUCUGGUGGCUUGAGUGAAGAUAGGGUCACAGUUGUACUAUCAAGAAAUAGUCGAUACAGAAUAUGUAACUGUGAUAAAAGUAAGCGCAGGGUAGGUGGUGAUGGAAAUUGGAAAUAAUACCUUCAGGAGGUUUAAAAGUGUGAAGUGUGAAUGACACUAAUGCACUUUUGCAUGAAAUGAUCAUUGUUAAAGAAAUUACUACCGUAUUUUUUGCACCAUAACACUCACUUUUUUCCUCCUAGAAAGUAAGGGGAAAUGUCUGUGCGUGUUAUGGAGGGAAUGCCUAUGGGUGGCGGGGGGAAUCUGCUGCAGUCGUGAGCAGAGGAUCCAUGGUUCCCCUUCCUUCCCUCCUCCGUGGCUCGCUUUGAAACAGCAAAGCGGGAGAAGAGCCGCUGAGUGGGGAGGAGAGAGGGACAGAGAGCCUGCUUCUUUAAAGGAGCAAAGCGGGAGAGGAGAGGAGCCGCUUACACGAGUGUAAGCGGCUCCUUUCCGGUUGGUUCCUUUAAAGCAAGCAGGCUCUCUGUCCCUCUCUCCUCCCCACUCAGCUCGCUACAUAGCAGCAAAGUUUUUCAGCUCGCUAAGCCGGGGAUGAGCGGGGAGGAGGAAGAAAAGCAGAGCCUGCUUGCUUAAAGGAGCAAAGUGGGAGAGGAGAGGAGCCUUCUCCCCUUAUACCCCUCUUCUUCAUUAUUAGCAGCAUCCUUCUCCACCCACCCCACACGUGCUCCUUGUCCCUUGAGUGCUUUUCCUUCCCUCCCCACUUAAAACGUGGAUACAAAGCACGGAUCCACAUGGAUCCUCAGGAUUUUUGCACUGGGUCACCCCAAAUUCACCAUCAGAUCACAUAGCAUGUCCAUGGCUACAUCUUGCACCAAAAAAAUCACGCACCCACUGUUGCCUGGGGCCGCAGUGGUGCAAAAACGUGGUUACAAAGCAUGGAUCCACAUGGAUCCUCAGGAUUUUGCAUUGGGCUACUCCAAACUCACUGUCAGAUCACAUGUCUGUGGCCACAGCAUGAACCACAAAAAUCAUACCUCCACUGUUUCGUUUAGAAUAUUUUUUUUCUUGUUUUCCUCCUCUAAAAACUACAUGCGUGUUAUGGUUGGGUGUGUGUUAUAGAGCGAAAAAUACGGUAUAUUACUGACAUGAACAUGGAGUAUGUCUGGAUUCAGCAAGAAUAGGACAUUAGCUUGUUAAAACUCCAUGAUAAAUGAAAAGCAAUAUUUUUUCCACUUAAACAUUUCCAGUUUUAGUGACUGAGCAUUUCCAGAUCUAGUUGUUAUAUAAUAUUUUUCUCCUGAUUAAAACUCUAAUCUGUUUACUAUUAAACAUAGGAGGCUUUCUGCAUUGAUUUGGGAAGUAAGAUGUCUUGAGAGCAAUGCUCGGACCUUCAAUGUGCCCAACAGCACUAUUGCUAGAUCUGCUCAGAAAAUCACAGAUCAACUCUUAGAAUUCAUUAGGUAAGCAAUAUUUCAGGAUGAAAUAUUUUUGGUUUUUCGUUGCUUAAAAGGAAAUCAGAAUUGUCUUACUUCUGGUCAUUGCUUAUGACCAUGGUUUACAUGUCAGUGUUCAGAAUAGAUACAGUAUUCACAGAAGUCUCUUGUCUUCUGUAAACAAGAAGAGGAAGGGAAACAAAUUUUUUUUUGCUUUGCUUUUUUCAAAUUCUCCCCUUUUCCUGGUGAAUUAGCCACACAGCCAUUUUUGGAUUCAAGUUGCUUUAGCAGCCCAAUCAGGAAACCUCUGAUUACUUUGAAUGUUCCUCUUCUCUCUCUUGCCAUCUUCUCAGCUUCAUUUUCCUGCCAGCUGGGCUCACUCCUUCUCUGUCUAUUGUGUGUGUUAAUUGCUUCAUUCUUCUUUUGUCAUUCUCUUUCCAUUGCCUUUUCUCUUUAUGGCAUCUUUCUUCCUUUUCAUUUUCUAUCCUCUGGUAGGUCCCAGCUGUGGCUGUGUGGCUAGUUUGCCAUGAAAAUGGAACAUUGGUCACCCUGAAGGGGGCUUUUCUGACAGACAACAUCACACAGCCAGGCUGCAGCCUGUAGUCAUUUGCUCACUGGGACUACACAGGUCUGAAACACAAAUAUAAGACAAAUAACAGUACCUAUUUUUCUGGUGCUGUGGUCCAAUUCUAGAGGUAUAUUCACUGAGAAGAUCUUUGGGGCUUGGCCAGAACAGAAACUGAGAAGACUGUGAGAGGGAAGGAGUAGUCAUCUUUAAAAUAAUUCAGAGGUUUUCUGUGAGGACUCCUAGAACAACAUGAACCCAGCAGUGGUUGCUGUGUUAUCUACCAGAAAAGGCCCUUUCACAGUAACUGAGCAAUAUUCCAUUCUUUUGUAGAUCCUUUGCCACCUCCUACACUAUUUCAAAGAGUCCCUGAACCCUCUGAAGUAGAUUCAUGAGUGUGUACAGGGGACUGCACAGAGAAAGGGAAAUCUGCUAAAAUCACCCUGUUUUUCAUUCAAGAAGCCUCUAAGGGCAUUAAAGAAAUUUCCACAAGUGAAGGCAACAGAACAAGACACAACCUAUUGUAACAUUACAUUUUUAUUUUCCAGGAAUCCAGAUUGUACAGAUAUUUUUGAGUUGUGCAUUGCAACUAACAAUGGGGACAGCAUUGAUCCUGAUUAUCUGGUAAUAAAACCUUAUUUUUACCCUGCCUAGAUAACUGCUAGCUCUUCCCUCUUCGGUGCUAUUCUAUUAAGCCCUGCCCUUUCCCUUUCCCUUCGCCCUAUUAAUAAUAGUAGAGUAGGCUCAAACUUGUAAGUUCAUUGAACAGCAGGGUGGUGUCUGGCGCAUUUUCUCUAAAUGACAACUUAAGACCCCAAACCCUUGAGUGGAGCUUUCUAACAAAAUAUUGCUGUGUAGAGUUCUAUUCCAGUUACUUCUUUUCAACUGCUUCCCUACAAUAGUUGGAUAGCAUUUUUGUGGGAUGGGAAGGAAUGAGUAUGUGGAUCUGCUGAUGUCCAAUCCAGCUACAUUAAAAUAUUGUAUGAGCAGUUCUCACUUCUGUAUCUGGGGACAUAAAUUCUCAGUAUGAACCUGAAAGUGUCCUAUCUAAACAAUGUGGUUCUCUAUCCUUUUUUAUCUCUGCUGUAUCCUGCCCCCCACCCCCAUCAAUUAACAUUCUGUGGUCAUGGGGUCGUCAUUGGGGUUUCUGCCUCCCUUGCCUUGCCUUAGGUUUUCCCCACAAAGACUUGAGGGACUUCCCUCUUAGGUGGUGGUGGUGUUUUGUAAAGAUUUGUUUGUAUUCCGGCAACCUCCAGAGUCUGAUGGUGAGGAGUUUUGGAUAGAAAAGCACAGGAGCAAAAAACAUCUGAAUCGGUAUUAGAAGCAACACUCUAGAUCAGGGGUAGGCAACCUAAGGCCCAUAGGCUGGAUCUGGCCCAAUCGCCUUCUCAAUCCGGCCUGUGGACGGUCCAGGAAUCAGCGUGUUUUUACAUGAGUAGAAUGUGUCCUUUUAUUUAAAAUGCAUCUCUGGGUUAUAUGUGGGGCAUAGGAAUUCGUUCAUUUCUACCACCCCAACCCCCCCAAAAAUAUAGUCUAGCCCACCACAUGGUCUGAGGGAUGGUGGACUGGCCACGGCUGAAAAAGGUUGCUGACCCCUGCUCUUGAUGAACAUUUCUGGUCUGUUUUGUAGGAUGAUGAAGAGACCGAUGUUCCCAGAGCACCUUUGAGAAGAGUAAGUCUGUUUACCUUGACAACAACCUUUGCCCAGUCUGUGAGAUAGUAGCAGGAUUUUUCCAUAAUACUCCUACAUUAUACAGAUGAAUUCUAAAUCCUGUGUCCCAGUCUAUCCUAAAGGUUUGGCAGUCAAUUCUUCCAUGCUACAUUUAGAAAUACUGUGUUUCUGUUUUAAAGAGUCGGGGCUUGAAGAGGAGACUCAGCUAUGAUGAAAACACUUGGAAGAAGCAAUGUAUGGACCUUGUUAAUCUAAUUUUCCAGUGUGAAGAUUCUGAGCCAUUUAGACAACCUGUUGACCUGGAUCAAUAUCCUGUAAGUUCAUAUCAUUAUCAUCAUCAUCAGUAUCAUUGACGUUCAUUUCAUUUGCAUUUCCAGCAUCCAGUGUUAUUUCCUAUUACUAUGAAAAGAAAUGGGCAAGAGUUUUCUUGAGUAGCUUAGGAUGAGAGAACCUACACACUCCAAUGUCAAAUAGUUACAGAACUAUUUCCAGGGUUCUAACUGUUAAAGUGGCAGGUGGUCCUACCUAGCCAAUUCCAGAUCAGUCAGGUGGAAUAGUGACUACCUGUGGCUUUAUGUUAACAGUGACAAUAAAGUAAAAUAGAAUUUGUGUUCAACAUAUAAGCAGGCUUUGAAAUCCCAAUCUUAUUUAUUCUGAGUACUGGAAGGCCUGGAGUAUUUCAUGGACAAUGAUUAAUGUCAGUUUUGGAUGAUUAUUGAUUUAAAAUAUAUCCUGCUUGCUUCAAUAUAUCAAGGUGAUUAACAAUAAAAUUAAAAUAAUUAUAACACAAACAAAACCACACUAAACCAACAAAAUGAAUUGAGAGAGAAUCAAGACAGCAUUAAAACAAUUCAUUUAAAACAAUCAUACCUCAAAAAUCUUACUGAAAAGGAAGAUUUUAGUACUUUAGUGGAAGGCUAUUAGAAUGAGCUCAAGAGAAACGGAAUUUAAUAGCUUGGGUGCAGCCGUUAGGAAGGCCCUUUUUGUGGUCCAAACAAGAUGUGUGUUGAGACAUGAGAGAGGAUCUUUGUUGAAGGUCAUGUUAGGCAGGCAGGUUUAUACAGGAAAAAGCAUAAUUACUCUGAUUUAACCUUAUCAUAAUCAAAAGUAGACCCACUAAAAUCUAUGGGGUCAACACUGAAUGUGAUUCAACCCACUGGGAAUAUUAAUUUCCAGGCCUGUCUAGGCCCGCUAAUGUUUUUAAAUGUUUACAAUGUUCCUUCAGAUAUUCUACAAAAUUAGUCCAUUCUUUUUGUCCUAGGCCAAGAAUAGCACUGGUGAUAUAAUUAGGGUAAAAUUUGUAAUAAGGGAGAUGAAUAAAUUAGAUAAAGAUAUAAAGACGCAGAAAAGAUAAUAGGUAAUGAUGGGAAACUGGGGGGGGGGGGGGAGGUCCGAGGGUUGAGAACCUCCAAAAGAUAAUGUUUUGUUGUGUUGAUAUGAAUGUAAAAUGUAAGCAAAAAAAUUCCUUAAAAUAGUUAAAAAGGGAAUAUUAAUUUCCAAAUCUGUGUUCAAGAUGCUUGGCCAAAGUUGACAAAUAUAGUUGUUUCUUUUCAGUCCCUAGGAAAAUGUAUGUUACAGUCACUGGGAUCAUUUAGCACAAAGUGUGCUCCUGUUUUGUUUUGUUUUGUUUUAAAUGAAUUUCAGGUUUACAUAUCUGUGUAUAAGAAACUUCACCCCAUUCCCCACAUCUUAAAUAAUGGAGUUAUUUGGAUGUCUUUAUUUAGGACUACCGGGAAAUUAUAGACACACCGAUGGACUUUGGGACUGUGAAGGAGACAUUAGAAGCUGGGAACUAUGACACUCCAAUGGAACUUUGCAAAGAUAUUAGAUUAGUAUUUAGCAAUGCUAAAGCAUACACUCCAAACAAAAGAUCCAAGGUAAUGUUUCUGUGCCAUUUACCUAACUUGUCAAAUCAAGGGGGGAAAAGGAAGAAAGCAAGUGUCCAAAAAGAAACUGAUCACCCUAUCAUAUGUUAUAUAAUUGCAAAUCCUGUGUCUUAAUUAAAGGCUGCACUCUUACUCCUAAGUAAAUUUGCAUAGGAUUUCUGCCUUAAUGAACAUAUUUCAUUAAACUAGAUUUUUUAAAAGUGUAUGGUCCUGUGUUGUGUGCAGUAGAAAGUACAGUUAGUACAUAAAUCUCACAAUUUUUGUUCACUGCUUGAAUAUUUUGUAUUAAGCAGUUUAUAAACUCUUAAAUUAAUAGUAAUGAAAUUUUACAAUUGGAUCACCAAAUGCAAGUGUCUUAAACUUUUUUAAAAAUUAAAAAUUAACCUAUUUCUUUUGCAAUCUAGAUAUAUAGUAUGACAUUGAGAUUAUCUGCACUGCUUGAGGAAAAAAUGAGGAGAAUUAUCUCUGACUUUAGAACUGGACAAAAAUACAAUGAAAGAUUGCGGAGAAGUCAGAGGCACAAUAGGAGGCUGCAAAGUCGAAGUAAAUUACAGCAAUCUACCAAAACACUCAGGUAAAUCUUCUUCAAUCUGAGGGUGUUCUUCAUUGGCAAAAGCUAUUUGAGGAUGUGAUUGAGAUGUGAAGAUUGCAGUCCUGUAAUGCACCCUUACCUUACAGGAGAAGUAAAAAGGCAUAGGUUUAUGCUGCUAGAUAAACCAUGUAAAUCAGUUCAUCUGAUUAACUUGAGGUUUUUGACUGAUGGAAGGAGCAUAGUUUCAGUGUAGUUUUGGAUACUUUCAAAGGUUGUGCAAUGGGAGUUGACUCCCCCCCCCCCUGAAUACUCUCAAAAUCUGCUCUGGAUUCUGAUGUAUAGUACUUCUCACAUGUUUGAUAUGUUGAGGGACAUACUACUACUAUGUUGAGGUACAUUUCUACUAAAAUGAGCUUUCAAGGUAAUUUCAUAUUAAAAUAAUAUAAAAUGCCAACAGAAUUUAAAGGAUUUAAAACUUUUUAAAAAAUGACAAAAGUGCAGUGCUGCUAUUAUACUGGUUAAAAAGUUUAAAUAUGAUAAAAUGAACAUGUACAUUGCUAUGUUAUAGGUGUGGCUUUCAGUUUGAGUACUUUGCAUUGAUUGUGUUGCAUAUUAAAAUUAACUUAAUACAAUCUUAGAAGCAUCUUAACGAGGGGAAAAGUACCACUGAAAUAAAAAUUAAUUUUAUAAAAUGCAACCAUAUUCAUGGACUGCAUAUUGUUUUCCUCCUGUUUGUCAAGAAAUGCGAAGCAGAAGCAGUGUAAAUCUCAGGGUAAAAAUCAGUCUGAGCCAGAAGAUUCUUCUAACCAAAAUACCUCAAGCAGAAAGUCGUGUGUUACAAACCAUAAAAUGUAUGCUGGCACGUCCAGCCGCAGUGUUGCCGGCAUAUCUUCUGAUUCCGCCUCAUCAUUUGGGAAAAAUGCACGAACAAGGAGCACAGCUGUAGCACACAGUUCUGCAUUGUCAUCAGGUGAGUGAUUAGUUUGUGGGGAAAUGGUUAAAAGAAACUUUUCUCUCUAAUUGUAAAUACACCCUUUGUCUUGAGGUUUAAAAUUGCUCUCAAGCAGACAUAACCUUAAUGAUAUUAAGGUAAUCAGACCAUCCGUACAAAAUUCUGUCAUUUUCCAGGUAUUCUUACCUUUGGCAUAUUGAACUUUAAUUUUUUAUGCUGUACAUCUUUUUGUGAACUGUAAAGUGGAAGUGCAGCUUCACAUUUCUUAAAUGUAUACUUCUUCUGCAUUUCUUAAUGUACUUUGUCUUUUGACACAAGCUUUUGGCCAUGUUGCUAAGCAGAUGGGAGAUGCUUUAGAAUGUUGAGAACGGGAAAAUAGAAUUUGAUUGACUUAAGAAUACCAAGAGUAAUAUGGAACAGUUUGAACGCAUUGUCGUAUCUGCAGUUCCUAGACAUUAGAACUGAACCCUGUGAUCAUCAUCUGAGGCCUUUCUUCAUGUGCCCCCUCCACGAGAGGUCUGGAGAGUGGCAACAUGAGAACGGACCUUUUCUGCGGUGGCUCCCCAUUUGUGGAAUGCUCUACCCAGCAGGGCUCAUCUACCGCCUUUAUUACAUAUCUUUAGAUGCUAGGCAAAAGCUUUUCUUUAUAAUCAGGCACUUUGACUGAUUAAACAAUCUAUGGCCUUUAAAAUGUGUUUGUGGAUGUGGGGUUAUUGGUUUGUUAUUUCUUUGUGUUCUUAUUUUCUAUUUUUGUGUUGUAAACUGCGCUGUGAUCUUCAAAUGAAGGACUGUAUACUACUACUACUACUAAUAAUAAUAAAUAUAUUUGAAGAAAAGGGGAAAUCUGUUUUGAAGUCUUACUUGCAUACAAUUAUUUACCUUUCCAGAAAGUGAGCUGGACCACUCAACAACAGCUUCAUCUUCAAGUAGUUCAGAGGAAAGCAAAGAAAGUUCUGCAGAAAUCUCAUCCCCUAUAGUACAUAAUGGAAUAUCCAGGAAAAGAAGUGAUUUCAGAGUUACUAGAAACAGAGUCUAUCAGCAAAUGGGUAAGAGUAAUUCAGCUAAUGUUCAUUGCAGAAGUUGGGUCACUGCUUCCAUUAUUCCCAAGUAUAUAGUUGUGAAUUUACUUUGAAAUCCACUUUAGAUUGGCCCAAUUGAGAUCCUCAAGGUAUCUUAAUGGCAACACAAAUAAAAGAAAUAUAAAACCAGCACAUAAACAAUGUUUGUAAACUAUCAAAAACAAGAAUAUUAAAAGCAAUAAUCCUGGUAGAUAAUGGAGAUGCCAUAGUGCACAGUAGUAUACAGUUGCUACUCAAAUGGUUAUCCAAAAUAUUGAGCUUUAACUAGCUUUCUAAAAGUGCAAGUAACUCUGGCAGGUCUGCCUGGGGAAAGAGCUCCAUGGUGGAAGUGCUGAGAGCCAAGCCCCAUCAGAUGGCUUGAAAUCUUGAAGUCAUGCAGUAGGAAUUCCUUGACGUAACCUUGACCCAGAGCCUAAUCUUCCAUGGGCCACCUUGAUGGGUUUGUUUUCAGGCAUGGUAUGGAUUCAGAUGGUGUUGCCAAAAGACGUUUUCCUUUGCAAAGACCAUCUGUGGAGGGAAAACAUUCUGUUAGCACCAGUCUGUUGACUGGCACUGUCAACAACCCCUACUUGCCAAGGAACAAUUGGGUGCACACUUUAAGUUCCUGACUUAGCAGUCACCUGCCCCAUGUUAGAUGUCACAUGUGACAUAUGUUUGGGCAAGUUUGUGUAAUUUGAGGGAAACUGAUCCCCACACCUGGCUUUAAAUGACAAAUUCUGUAUUUUGAAUUACACUCGAAAAUUAAAUUGAAGCCCAGAAACCAACUUGCUGCCUGUGACAAUGUGUGCUUUUUUUAUCUUGAUUUGCAUGUAUUUAAAUGUUGAGUAGGGAAAAUGCUAGACUAAAAUGCAGUUGUGCCAAGAUUCUCUCAAAUGUCUCUCUUGCUAUAGUAUUGUGAGUGAUUGUGGAGAUAUUUUAAAUCUAUUUCUAAAGUGGAUUAGAUUUCCACCAUACAGUUUCAUGAAAUACGUCCAGGUUCCGCUAUCCCCAUGCUCAUAUGCCCCAAACUUGUUAUGUGCUCCGCAGAGUCACUUAUCCAAAUUGCCUGCUUCCUUACUACUUGGUUUGUUUGCUUGCUUUGCUAGUCAGUGGCAGCCAUUUUCAGGCAGAGACGGAGUGCGGAGCAAGAUUGGACAAAUCAGGAAGCAGGAGAGUUCAGUCAAAUGAGCUUUUUACUUUGUCUUUCUUUGGAUGAUUGGCUGCAGCCAUUUCAGGAAGACACCAUAGAAGGGGUGGGAAAAGGGAGUGGGCAGAUUCUGCAUUAGAAAUACGAUUUCUACAGGAAAUAGUGGAAAUUGUGUACUUGUUAUACAAAUGCUCACCUAAUGAACAGUUUCCAGGGAACACAUUUCAUUCAGUAAGCGGGACCUGUGUGUAUUGUUCCAGAGCUUUGCAUGAUUCUGAGCUUAGUGACAGGCAAAUUGUACACAUUUUAAAAUGUUCAACAUAAGUAAACCUCCUCAUUUUUGUGUCUAGCUUAUCAAGAGAAUGGAAAUAGCCAAAGAACUACCAGAAAAAGAAUAUCUGAAAGAGAAAUGGAUAAUUCAAAAGAGCUAUAUGAGACUUUUUGUAACAGAUCUGGAAGGCACAGAAAAGUUCCACGUAGAAGUGCUACUGUAGCAGCUAAUAAAUUAAGACUGAUGAGUGAUGUAGAAGAGGAGCUAUCCAGUUCAGAAAGUGUUGGUAUUGGAAGCAAAAACAGAAAACUGCCUCAUCGCAAUGCUUCUGCCGCAGCCAGAAAAGUAUUGCUAAAUGAAUCUGAGGAAAGUUCCAUACAGUCUGAAAGUGACAAGGAAGUAGAAGAAUCUAACCGAGGGAAAACCUUCAAAGCUGGUUCAAGUGCUGUUGGUGUUCGAAAAAAGCAUGCUAGUGAAUCUGAUAGUGGGAGCUCAGAUUCUGAAAAUAGUGUGCAAAAAACACUAAAGGGUUGUCACGUUAAUGGCCAGAAGCAGUCACAAAGAGCUACCCGCUGUGCAUCUCCAAAAAUAAAUUCCCCUGUUGAAUUUUCAGAAGAUGACUCCAAAAGCCUUGUGUCAGAGGAUGGGAGCAUUCAGAAAGCUGCUUACCAGUUACCUUCUGCAUCCAGAAGUAAUAACAGAAAUAUCUCUGAGGCAGAUUCUGAGCCAGAAAAAUGCAAUGGUUUAGAAAAACAAACCUGUAAAAGAGUAUCAACUCAUUUCAGGAAAGCUAAGGUAUUAAGUGACUCGGAUGAAGGACUGGAGUCAGGGAAGGAGGAUGAGCGUGUCACUUUUUCAGAGAGCAGAGGGUCUUCUAAGAUGCCAAGACUACCCAAAGAUAGCUCCAAGUGCUCAUCUGAUUUAGAGUCUGGAACUGAUAGCAGCAAUUCAACAAAAAGAAGGAAAAACAUCAGGAAAGGUGAUGUAUUUUAAAUGUAUAAAAUGUGAUUUAAUGCACAUUCCAGAUUUUAAAAGCUUUUCCCUUGUAGCCGCUCUAAGUGAAACUAUCCAAUAUUCAGCAGAGUUUAAAUUUUGAUGAAUAAAAUCUAUCUAGAUCAUAAUCUGGGAUUUAAGCAGCACAACAGUUCUCAAGAUAGCAAUCCUGGUCGCUCCUAGUCACAACUAUUGCAGGCAUGGUUGAUUUAAAAGACCUUGCUUAACUGAAUUUUGUUUUGAAGUAGUACAUGCUAUGAAAUAUUAAAAUGAGGAUAUAGAACUUGUUUCUUAAAAGUCAAAUCUGGGGUGCUGUCCAGUUGUGGCAUCCUACUGAUACAAAUAGAACUUCUAUUUCUCCCUGAAAACUCCUCUCCUAAAUCUGUUCUUUAGAAGCCUUUGAGAACACUUUGUUAGCUCAAGCACUAAAGUUUGUGGAACACUGAGUGUAACAUGGGGCUGAUUUGUUUGUGUGGAUGUGGAUUAAUGACAGGUGGAUUGUAUCUUACCAUCAGAUGUAUGCAUGUACUAGCUGCUUAGCUUUAAUAAGUAGUCUGUAAAUGUACAAUUUUUUCAAUGAAACUAGCUUUUGUUAAUGUUUGAUAUUGUGCUAUACAUGCCAGGUCUGCUUUUAUAUAAUAAUCUUUCCAUGCCUUUAUAGAAUGUGUCAUCCAAGAGAAUGGGUGCAGACGUUCUGCCAGGAAAAGGAGGCAUGAAAGUGAUUCUCAAGAAGAGGGAGUUUAUAAAAUACAAAAUAGCAACCAUCACGGUUACCGAAGAUUGCCUCGUAAAAGUGCUACUGUGGCAGCUUAUAAACUGAGGAACAUAAAUGAUGUGGAAACCAGAGGCUUUGAAAAUGAGGAAAAGCUGAACCAUCACAAUGCAGUUUCUAUAACUAGGAAGUCAAACAGUUCAGGGGAUGGAGACCAACAGUCUGAAGGAAAAAAUAGGAGAUAUAGCAGAAGAAAGUGUCGUCAGACUGAGUCAGCUGUUUCUGCUAAGAGAUAUGAUAGUGAGUCUGAAAAUAGUUCAGAUUCUGAAAGUGCUUUAAGAAGAAACAGGCAUGUUAAAACCCAUGGGCGCAAGCAUAGAACUGUUUGUGAUGAAUCCCCUAAUAUAAAACCCAGGGUGGAGGUUUCAGAAAAUAACCCCAAAAGCCAUAUGCCAAAGGGCAGAAGUCUUGAUAAACCUUCUAUAUAUUUGCAUAGUACUGUAGCCAGUUAUGAAUCUGAACUAGAUUCUGAGUUAGACCAAUGCAGUGAGGAAGUUAAGAAGAAGCAUGACUCUCGGAAGACUGUAGAUUCUUCUAGUAAAUCAAAAGACAAAAAUCGCAGCAAAGCCACUGCAAAAUCUGAUGUAGAACAUAGAGAGGAUGGAACAGACUCUCUGCCAGAAACCAAGGAACUUUCAAGAAAGCCCAAAUAUAAAUCCACAGUGGACUCCAGUUGUACUUCUGAUUUGGAAAUUGAAUCCUGCUCCAAUAGUAGUGAUGCCACAACAGAGCAACACAAGAAAAAGAAACGAAAGAGAGAAGCUGUUAGAAAAGGUAAUGUUUCUUGUACUAAUAGAUUUUAAAUCGGUGCCUGAGGGAACUGGUAAGGCUAACACAUCUAUCUGCUGUUGGGAGCCAAUGGACCUCUUAAAGCACUAGCUGGAAAUAAAGUGCAAUGGCUUGUGUUUAAAAAUAUAUAAAGUCUAUUUAAAACAGUAUCAGCAUUGUAAAAACAGUGUCUAACAUAAAAACUAUUGGGGUAUGUAGAACCCUACAGUAUUUAUAGAAGAGAAGGCAAAACAAACCAAGAAAAUGCCUAGGUGAAAUACUGGGCUUUAUAGAAAAUAAUGGCAAUCAUCUGGUGUACUGAAAUAGAUUAAGAGAGUCUCCUUAUUGGUCAAAAUAAGUGUUGCAAGUUCAUCCUGAAUGAUCAAGAAUUAGAAUUAGAAAGUUAAAGAAAUGCCUGCCAUGCUAACAGUGUAGUCUUAUGCAGGUCUACUCAGAAGUAAGUUCCAUUGAGUUCCAUGCUGCUUGCUCCUAGGGAAGUGUGUAUGGGAUUAUUGGUGGGUACUUGCUGCCCUAGGCAGUGUGAAGUGCUUAUAACAUUAAAAGUCUGCUUAGAACUUUCAUUAUUAAAAAUAUUUUAAUGGUGCUUAAAUUUCACAGUUGUACUGUUAUCCUAUAUAAUAGAGUUUGGUUUUGAAUUAUUACUUCAGUAUAUCAUUUGUCUAAAUGCACUCAUUUCUGUUGGGAAUAAAGUAUUUUGAAAUUUAAAACUUUUCUCUUGUAGAAUCAACCCGAGUGAUAAGGCAAAGUCCAGUAUUACUCCGGAACAGGAAGAAUUGCAGAAAUUCUGCAGAAUUGAAUAGUGAAACAAACAAUAUCAAAACCCCUAAUGGAAAGAAAAUCCCACGCCGUAGUGCUACUGUGGCUGCAAGCAAAAUCAAGCUAAUUAGUGAUGCCAAGGAAGAGUUCUCAAGUUCAGAAGUUAGAUACCCUAAAAGCAGGUACAGAAAAUUGCCUCAUCGCAAUGCCUCUGCUGCGGCCAGAAAGAUGAUAUUGGAUGUUGCACCUUCACCCUCUGAAAGUGAAGCAGAACUAAAGGAAUGUGAGCUCAGACAGAAACAGUUUCAGACCUCCUCUUACAGAGCUAAAAAAUCUAGCAGAGAACCAGAGCAGAAACAUUUGGACUCUGAAGUAGAAAGUGUGGUGGAACAAAAGAGCAGACAGAGCAGAGCCCCAAGGAGACGGUCUCUCACACCUGUGCGUAAAACAGUUCCUAAAAGGAAAAAACGUGCAGUAGAAUUUUCUGAAGACGAAUCCUCCAGUAGCAUGUCUGCAGAGCACAUAGAUUCAAGCCAGCCACUGCUUCCUGAUAACCAUAAUGUUUCCGAAUUGGAAAAAGAAGAUAGUGAUAAAAAUAUGAGGAGUACAACAGAGACUGGAAAAGGAGAGAGAAAACAAAGAAGUUCUUUGUCAAAAACCCCUGGAACUUCAAGGAACUCAAAACCGGAACCUGAUGGCAGUUCCAAUUAUUCUUCUGCUUCAGAAUCUCAAACAGACUCAAAAAAUAUUGACAGUAGGAGAACUAGAAAGACAAAAAAGAGGAAAAGGAAAGCCAUUUCAAUAGAUGACACUUUAAAUGAUGGCUUUUCUGAACCUUCCAAAAUACCGCAGAGAAGGAAACGGCCAAAAGUGAAUGAAGAGAAUGAUUCUGAGGAAUUGGAUUAUACCAAGUAUAAAAGAGGGAAUCGACGUUCCAAAAUUAGAACUAGAAAUGGGGGCAGGAGAACUGUAAGAUAUGCAGAUGAUGAAGAUGACUGUGAAAUGUAACCUUGACAGGAAAAUCUAGCCCACUUUCCUUUUGCUAGUGAUACUAGCAAGAUGUUGAAUCUUCUCUUCCUCUAAUUCAGGGAAUAUAUUUAUAUUUUUCUAUGAAAAAGUUAAAUGUGGAGGCUCUCCUUUUCAUAAUAUGACUUGCACAUGCCUGCCUAUGUAGCAGCAUUUAGCACAUAUGCCAAAAUGUGCCUCAUUGUAAGGGGCAAACUUUUGUCUUCAAUGGUAUUUUGCUAAAUAUAGUAAGUGGUGGGAGGGGGCUGAAUAAAACAUUAGGCAAACACAGCUUAAAAGCUGUUUGUUUAGACAGUAUUAUGGUGCUGCAGACACUACCUAUGUCUUGCCAUAUUAGCGUGUUUAAAGAACAGAUGAAUGAACAGCCUGGCGUUUUAAGAACCCGUAUAUCAGUGACAGACCAGCCUCUCAUACUGUAUAUUGUAAACAACUUAAAAGUGGUUACUGAUUUAAAAACACACACCAGAUAUAUGAGAAAUAGGCACCCAAAGUAACAACCUGUUAAAAUGAGCGGUGCUAUGGAUUUCUGAAAAACACAGCUUGAACUAAUCGGUAAUUAAGGGGGAUAAAACACUUCCUGAUUUUAUAAAUAUGUCAAUAAAAAGCUUCGCUGUCAGAUAUGUGGCUUCCAUACUGUAAAUUUGAGACCAUUAGAAUACAGGUGACCACUUGAGCCUAAGAUUUUUCUUUGUGUGAAUUUUUGUUACAAAACAAGCAAAAACUUAAGUUUGUGCUUUUUUUUAUUCAAAAUGGAUUAAAACUUUUAAUGCUCAGAGUGCUAGUAUUUAAGGUGUUUUUGCUAAAGUUUGAUGCCUAAUUCCUUAAGAUAUAAUUAUUUAUAACUUAGAUAAUUGGUGCACUUAAGCCACCCCAGCUCCUGAUUUAUUAUUUUUUCAAAGUAAAGCACCUUCAUGUUGGUGGUGUUUAGGUUGGCACUGUUGGAAACAAAAGUAAUUUCACUUCAUUAUUGUAUAUCAAGAAUGGAAGUAAAUAGUAAUACCACCCCAUUUGGAUUACCUUCUCUAGGAUGUUAUUUAAACUUCUUCCCCUUCCUGGGGAGUGAUCUGUUUGCUUUGUAUGACCCCCAUUUGUUCUAAUUCUGUGAAAAUUCUGUAUAAGUAUACCAGGUAUUUAAUUUAUCUCUGUGGGUUUCUUGAAGUUUUAUUUUGAUAACUAUUAAUUCAGGGUUGUAUGCGGGUUGUUUUUUUUUAAUGAAACAAAACCCUGAACUACUGUCCUAGAAAGCUGGUUUUUUGUCUUCCACUUCUUGAUUUCUCAAGGUAAAACUCCGGAUAACAUGGUUUGUCUAUUAAUAAAAGACUCCUAGUGAUCAAA